GUCAGUUGUUCAAGAAAUCGCAGGGGCGCGGGAGCCCGCAGCGCGUGCGAGCUUGGCGGGCUCUUGAUUGGCUGAGGCGCGCCGGCCGGCCUUUUCGCCGCCUUACCCCCUCCCCUUCACCCUCCCCCCCCCUCGAUCCUCUCCCCGCUUUUCCUUCAUUUGAGGGGAACCGUCGCGCUGAGGUAAACUGCACCUUCCCACCCUUCUGGGCAGGACCAGGAGGAUGGCGGCGGCGGCGGCGGCGGCAGAAGCGCUGGGUCUGGGUCUGCUUGCGGGCUUUUCUUUCGGCUUCUCCUUGGUGUGAAUGAUGGUGAGUAUCCUCUGAGAGGGGGGUGGGAACCGGGAGACCGGAUCUCUUUCCUUUUCCUCCCAUGGCUCUGGUUGAGGGUGCUGCCACCCCCCCUUUUUAAAAAAACAACAACAACCAAGCCUUGUGUGCUGCCGACCCCUCCCAUUUUGACAGGCCUAGGGUGCUCCCCACCACCACCUUGACAAGCUGAGGGCGCUGCCCCCCGAUUUUGACAGGGCCACCUCUACCCCCCCCCCCUUAGCGACACCUCCUUCCCCCUCGCUUUUAGGGCGGAAGAGGGGGGUUGAAAUAUUCGAAAUAUGCAAGAAAUAAUCCCGAAUAGAAAUACAAUUCCAACUACAGAAGACGGGCAUUUUCUCUUAUCUCAACUCACCCCCCAUGAUCCCUUCACCCCAGCCACCAAUGGGGCCCAAUACAUUUUGAGAGCACAUUUAAAGCCCGUUUACACACACACACACACACACACACACACAGUGUGACAACAACUAUAGUUUGCUGGGAAUUGUAGCCACAACCCCAGAGUCGGCCACGACUGGACCUAAUGGUCAGGGGUCCCUUUACCUUUACCAAAUGGGGUAAACUCCCCCCCCCCCCCAGGAUUCCUUAAAAGCAGGGGCGUGCUUUAAAAUUAUGGUGUGUAUGCAACCUCAAAAGGCUUCAGAAGGAUGAGGAAGAACCAUUGGGAGCUUCACUCCACCUUAGCAGUUACUAGUUUGUAAAACUGCAGGUUGCCCCUGUAGCAAAUCUUCUAUGAGGCUACUAAUAAAUGCAAUAAAUAAUCUCCUCCCUUUCCCAAUCAGAGAACCAUUGGAAAGUGCAGUGCUUUUUUUCCUAAAAAAAUGUUUAGGGGUACUCUCAUUUUGACCCAAGAAAAUCACCAUUUUAUAGUUCGAAUUGGGAAAAAUAAAUACAGUAAAUGGACAAAAGUACAAAGGUUCACAAAAUGUUUAGAGGUAGUGUACCCCUGCGUAUCCCCAGAGAAAAGCACUGGGAAGGUGCCUUAUACUCUGUUAGACUGUUGGGCCAAGUAAUUCUAGUACUAUCUACACUGACUGGCAGCAGUUCUCUGGGGAUUUCAGGCAGGGGACAUUCCCAGCUCUACCUGCAGAUGCUAGCUGUUGAACCAGGGGCUUUCUGCAUGCAAAGCAAUUGCUUUGCCGCUCAGCUAUGGGUGCUCCUGAUGAACACAGGAAUCUGCCUGAUAUUGACUCAGACUCAUUGGUCCAUCUAGCUCUAUAUUGUCUACAUGGACUGGCAGCAGCUUCCCAAGGUUUCAGGCAGGGCUUUCUUCCAGCCCUUCCUGGAGAUGUUGGGGAUUGAACCCCAGGAUCUUCUGCAUGCAAGGAAGGUGUUCUGCCACUCAGCUGCAAUAAGCCCUUCCCCAUCUCCCUAUGAAAAGAGGUUUUGUGUGUGUUUUGAGGCACCAUUCAAAGCUGGCCACCUGUCAGAUUCUUAGUGGAACAAGGAAUUUGACAGUUGGCUGGCUUUGAAUGAUGCCUCUUGCACAAAUACAUGUGCUCUCACCCACCCUAUGGGGUGGGUCUCAGUGGUAGAGCACCUGCUUUGCCUGUAGAAGGUUCCAGGUUGAAUCCCCAGCAUCUCCAGUUAAAUUGUUCAGUGGCAGUUUUGUGGUAAUGUUAUUAAUGUUAUUAAUAGUUAAAAGAAUUUGACAGGUGGCUGGUUUUGAAUGGUGUGCCUCUCUCUCUCUCACACACACAGGCUCUUCUCAGGGCUAAAAAUACUUGUCAAUAGCUUGGUGCCCCUAACAAUAACAAAUAAUCAAGCCUCAUCCUUGAUACUGCUCCUUGCAGUACGCACUAAAUAUAUGUUAUAUAGGCAAUUUCUGUUCAAUCUCAGUUCUUUCUCUGUGGGUGGGGGGAAGGUAUGCAGUGUAUAUUAUUUUCUGCUUGGUAACUACUGAGUUCCUUGAACUUUAGGAAUAUCAAAUGGAGUUGGAAAGAGCUUCUAGAUUUGAUACUGUCAAGUUUGAACUCUUGCAUCUCUUUUUAUAGAAGUUAAGCACUUAGCCCUUCUUCCUCUUAAUACAUGCUCUUCCCAAGCAACUUAACUUCACAGGGUUGCUAGAAAGAUGAACUGAACAUUUAAUAAACACUAUUUGAAUCCCUAGGUUCCCUUCUCAGUCCCCCUAAUUCUUAAACUGGUUGUCUCUUACUGAUGCAGAGUAAAAAUGUUCUAAUAAAUAAACAUAUCCCAAAAUUCAGGUAUAAAAUUGUAAGUUGUUGAUUAGAAAGAAACUUAAAACAUGCUUGUUCUUUCUAGUAUAUAUAGUAUACUGGUUCAGGACAGUUAGUUUUGUUGAUAGUGAAGCUUUCUGGAUUUGAUCAAAGGUCCAUCUUGUCCUCCAUUCUGUUUCCAACAGUGAUCACUUGGAAAGUUCUAGAAAGCUUUCAGAGCACAAUGGUGGUGGCAAUAAUCUGUUGGGAGCAUGCACAACUGUUUCAUGAAGCAUGUCUAAGAGUCUAGUAUGGUUAUGAAGUUUUGCUCAAUAGUCAAAUGCACACUUAGUCCUUAUGCUAUCUGUUGAUUACAUAAUGAGGGCAUGUAUGGGAUGUUGGGGAGGGGCAGCACCUCUGGUGGGGCACAAGUUGUGCUCCUACUGGAGUAGUUUGUCCACCUUUGAGCCCUACCCUGCAACAGCAGCCAUAUCUUGGGAAUAGCUUCAACUGACCAGCUAUACCAGGUGAGGAUAGCUGAUGGGUCUCAACCCCUUGGUGAGUUAGGGAGUUCUGCAUGCGAAGACCGGCUCUGGCAGAUUGAGCGGAUGAGGCUAAUUGUGGGUCCAAUGAUCAAGAAGACAGUUUCUGCACAUGCUGUAGAGGGAAAUGAGCAGAUGGGGCUUGUUAACCUGGUUAGCCCAUCUAGGAGAACCUCCACUGCCUUGUGGGAUAUCUUUGGGACAAGAAAAGGCUAAGGGGUAAACCAUACACAAAUCUUGGGUCGAGUCCCUAGGGUGGUUGGGUGAUACCUUGUAUGUCUCCUUCUGGCAACUCCUGCAGCCAAGCUGGUGCCAAAUGUGGUGCUCUAUUUACAUUUUGACCACAUCAGCAAGGCUGAGUGUGGGGUCUUGUUGUUUGGGCAGCUCAAGACCUCCAUACACACUGCCCAAGCUUGCACUCCAGGGAGGUCAUUUCAAUGCUGCUAACACAGCGAUUUGACUCCUACCACCACCCGGAGGUGCACUCUAUUGUCUCUCGAGACAGACAGAUGCUAACAACAUAAUAGGGACAUACAUUAAUGAGCAUUUUACUAGAUACAGAAGAGAUUCAUCAUUUUAUACACAAUGCGGUUGAGUUUACAAGUACUUAAGCCAAAGUAGUGCAACCUUUUGUUUGUAUGAUAGUUGCUUUAACAGCUUUUUCCUGUUAAUUGGCAUAACAUUUUUUAAGGUGCAGCAGCUUGCAGCUCCACCUCUAAUCUUAGGUAUACUUAUAAUAACUGUUUGAAUAAAAACAAUAUGAAAGGCACUAUUUUGAAUACUAAAAAUAUAUGUAAGCCUUGCUAUGUAUUUGAGUUAGCAAAUAAAGUUUAAGCUUAAUGAGCAAGUAUUACAUAUAUAUAUCCAUUUUCAUUUCUUCCAGAUCAUAUAUAUUUUUCUGUGUAACACAGAAAGGUCCAAAAAAUAGUCAUCUUUACCUAUGGGCUCACUUACUGUCCUCAGUUCUUUGAAUUAUAAAUGUGCAUAUACAUAUGAUGGAUUCCUUUAUGUACCACAUCACUGUUGCCUGUGUUUAUUUAAUCAGAAUUGUUAUCCCUCUGCAGUAGGCUGCUGAUGCCUAACUGAAAAGCAGACUCGACACUCUCAUUCACAUGUACCUCUUCCAUUGUUGUAUGUGUUGUAGUGGCAGUAAUUUCUCAAAAUCUGUGCCUUGUUCAAACACUGCUCCCCAAGUACAGCCUGAAUCAGGGGUCAGCAGACUUUUUCAGCAGAGGGCCAGUCCACUGUCCCUCAGACCUUGUGGGGGACCGGAUUAUAUUUUUUUAAAUAAAAAAUGAACGAAUUCCUAUACCCCACAAAUAACCCAGAGAUGCAUUUUAAAUAAAAGCACAUAUUCUUCUCAUGUAAAAACACCAGGCAGGCCCCACAAAUAACCCAGAGAUGCAUUUUAAAUAAAAGGACACAUUCUACUCAUGUAAAAACACGCUGAUUCCAGGACCGUCCGCAUGCCGGAUUGAGAAGGCCCCGGGCCUUAGUUUGCCUACAUAUGAAGCUGCUUUAUACCAAGUCAGUCCAUUGGUCCAUCUAGCUUUAUAUUGCCUUCAGUGUCUGCCAACAGCUUUCUAGAGUAUCCAACAGAGGUUUGCCCCCACCAUGUACUGCUGAGACUACAGAAGCUGCCAUACAGUCAUAGCCAGUUGUGUAAUUUACUUCUUCUUCCUGAAUCAGUAGGAUAUUUUACAGGAUAAGUUAAGCCUGGAAAGUACAUUGAGUUUGUUUCUGACAUUAUUGCUACGUACCAAGGGAAAAAUUACUGUGCAGUUAAAUGAUGGGUCUGGCAUAUCAGGUUAAAGAUACAGCUAAUCCAGGUUAAGGAUUCAGCUCUCAAACUUGCUUGCUUUAAAUAGCUGCUGCUGCUACAGAGUAAACAUACACACUGAAGCAGUGUUCCCAUCGAGAAGAUUAACUCUUCUCUUUCAAGGAAGACUGAAAGUUAUACUGAAGUAGAAAACCAUUUUUCUAUUGGGGGAAUAUUGAUCCACAGAAUGAUGUCAACUGGGGGCCCUAUUGUUAGCUAUUGGCUGUCCAUCCAUGUUUUCAAAGGCAUUCCUCCUUGGGCAGGAGGCUGCCCAGUAUUGGACAGCAACCUGCCUUAGUAGAGCUUUGAAAGUGGAUUGGGCUGGCUGACAACAAUGUGACCUGGGUAUCCAGUGAGCUAGAUGAAAUUAAGCAACUGGGUUGUAGGGUUUCCACCCCUGCAUUAUGCAGCAUACAGAGAGAUAAUUUAGAAUAGCUUUGCUGCUGCUGCUGCUGCUGCUGCUGCUGCUGGUGGUGGUGGUGGUGAUAACAACAGUAAUACAUUAAUUUAGGGAGUUACCUGCUGCAUUUGCCUUAUGACUAUCUAUCUCCGCUUGCUGCUGUUGCAACUCACUUUCUGACUUUAGGUUUCCAGGCUUGUCUCCUCAGGUCAGUAGGUAGAGAGAGAGUCUGCUUACUGGCCUGAGAAGAGAGGUAGUUGCUAUAGCAUUGCACCAUGGGAGUGCAGUGAAUCAAUAGGUUAGCUAUUCUUGUGGGUCCCUGCCUCCUGUCUUGGCUUGCCAAAAGGAGCUGUGAUAGGCUGGAUCACCCCUAGCCUGGGUGUGCUCUGUCUUUGCUAUCUGGGAGAGGGGUAGACAGGAGAUGAAGCAUAUUUCUGUGUCAUUUUGGAAGUGGGGCUCUGGUUGGUAUUCUGGAUGUAAUAUAUGUUUGCUUCAGGCAGCACAGCUGGUACUCCAGAUUAGUUGACCUAUUUCUGCAUGCCAUACAUUUGAUUUUAUUUCAUCUAGCCUUUAAGGUAUGUCUGGGGAACCUGGGACCUGGAUGCCUCCCUGCCUGGCCCUUGGAACUUUGCCUAGACCAAGCCCCCUUCCUAGGCUAUACCCCUUCUGCCCAGCACACAGCUCCCACUGACCCUGCUCAAUGCCCUCUGACUGUGUUUCCCUGGCUGGAAAGUGUUCUGAAACUGUAAUUAUGUAUUUUGCUUGCUUGGAUGGGGAACAAAAAUAUAUAUGUGUGUUGGAGUGUGCAUAGAAAACCCAGAGUUUGUGGUGGUUGAAAUAUACCCUUUUGUACAAGGUUAGAGUCCCAUCCAUUGCUCUGCCCACUUUUGCUUCUGGUCCCGCCCACCACUGGCAUGUGGCCUGGAAAGCUGCCCUUGAGGGAAUGCGACCCUCAAUCUGAAAAAGGUACGCAUGACUCUGCUGGUGCUGUUUUCUAGUCAUAGGAAUUCAGUAAUUAAUGAGAAAAAGUGAUGAGAAAACAUAAACUUUUUUCAAACAUAACAACUGGAUUAGUUCGGAAGUGGAUACAUAGUUCUGCUGUCUUGGCUGCAUUGAUUAAGAACUCCUGCUGGGUAGGAUCAGUGUCAUUUGUGUUGAGUAGGCUUAACAACCUUCAUGCUGAUAUAAAUGCCAAGGCCUUGUUUCCAUGUGAGCUCCCAGUGGUGAGGCCAAACGGGUAUAUUCAGUAGUGGGAUUUCCACUUGCUGCUGCCAUGUAGGCAAGACUUCUUAAAUAAUAAUAAAAAGCUUAUAUAACUAUAGGGGCUAGGACUUGAAAAAAGGAGAGUGUGGGUGGGAAAGAAUUGCUGUGCUUUUAGAUGUGUAAAGAUGGAAGAAGACUUAGUCAUGAGCCUUAGGGAAGCAGAACUGGAAGUAAAACUUUAAAGAUGGUGACAAGUGACUGACAAUCUUAAGUGACUUCUUGUCACGAAGUAAAUGGCUUAUGUGGCAAUUACCUGUUCCUCCUUUUUAGUGUCCUUAGGUCACCAACAAAUCUCUAGGUAUUUUUAAAAGCAAUAUUCAAUGUUUCUGCCUUGUAGACUCAAAAUCACAGGGUAACAUAAUGCCUCUUGUGUAUCCAGACAUAAUUGGUAAGCACAGUCUCUUUUGAACAAGGCUCCAAUAGGGAGUUACAUACAUUAUACUUUGAGGGAAUACUUUCCGUAUUGACUUAUUUACUGAGGAAUCUCUGCAGAGGAUUCUGGGAGUUUGCUGUCAAGCCAUGUGAAUUAUGUCACUUCAGAAUCAAGUGGGGGCUCAUAUGAUUGAAUGCUUCUUCAGGCAAAAAACCCCCCAAACAUUCUCUGCAUAUAGGAAGCUAGCAUCCUAGGGAGAAUGCUUGGUUAGAACCCUUCUCCCAGUCCCUACCACCUAGCUUUAGUGUGCAGGCAUUUUUAUGAGUAGGAGUACUCUGUAAUGGUGAGCCUUCAAUCUGCAGUGUGGAAUAUAUAUCACAGCUGCAGCUAUACUUUCUUAUCUGCGGUUUCUGUGAACUGUAGUUUUCAUAGCAUGGCCUAGGCCCUAGAAUCUACCUGCACAUUGCAUGGGAAGAUCGGUAGUAAGCAGGGAAGUACUUCUCAAUGACAAGCCCCUCCUAAGCUUACAGGGAACCCCAUAAUUUCACAGAAUACAGUACCAAAACAAAUUCAUUAAGGGUUGUUUAGGACUGGCAAAGGAAAAUGGUCAAUUUAAAAUCGGAUGCAGCUAACUGAGGAGAUGGCAGGCCAGUAGUUCCAUGUCUACUUAAGGAAAAGAUGAUGACAUAGCUGUAAAGUUAAACUUAGGAAGGAUGGGCAUUUUUGUUCCUUGUUAUUGUAUUAUUAGUUUUUCAUUAAAUUAAUAAAAAUAUAUUCUCACAUAGACUUCCACACAUACAGUUGUUCAAUGAAUUGCUUUUCCAAUACAACCCUGUUAGCUAAGGGCUGCAAACUCAAUUUGCUGUUUUAAGAAGCACAUUAGAAAAACAAGGCACAGAUGGUGAUGCAGAGUCUCUGGAUUUUUGAAUGGGUACUUAAACUUUUAGGGGUUUGGACACAUGAAAUAUGCUUUUGUCUGUGAAAGGUUCUUGCCUGUGGAAGGCUAUUCCACAGAAAUCAGUAUGAGGCCUAAUCACCAUCUGUGGUUAAGCCAUUUAUAUGAAGUGUUUCUCUUCUUCUGUUGUGAUUUGAACCAAACCAUUGUAAAACUUCUUGCAACAUGUUGCAAGGGACUGUGAAAUUCUGGGUAGGAAGCUGAAGGAACUUGGAGCACAGGUGGUCAUUUUAUCACUCCUUCCUAUUGAAGGUCAUGGCCCAGGAAAAGAAGAAGAUACUAGAAGUAAACAACUGGCUGUGCAGAUAAUGUCAUUGGAAAACAGAGGUUGGAUGGCCAUUUUACAGAUUAUUUAGUAGCAAUUUUUGCAUUGCAGGGGUUGUAAGUGAGUGCCUGGUGCUGCCAAGAUUUUGUAGAAACCAGAAAAAAUGUGAUAUUUAUUUAAAUGGAUAGUGUAGUUUGUGACUUUGAACCACUAACACCAAAAAUCAGGUGAUUCAAAAUGGCAUCUUGAUUCAAAAUGGCACCAUGCAUUCAAACCACGAUGAAGAGUUCCACCAUCAGCUCUGGAGCCCUCAUGCUGCAUUUGGCAACAAUAUCUUGAGCUACAGUUGAACCUAAGCCAAAAAAAUGGGCAAAGUAAUUUCAGUCAUGUUUCAGUCUACCAUAUUGAUGCCCAAAAUGAUGCCCAGCAUCCAAACCUUGUUGAAGACUGCUGCCCCCAGCUUGUGAACCCUUGUACUAAGUUGGGCAACAAUAUUUCAUGAGGUGGCCAAUUUUUUUUCAAACCAUGGGCAAAGCCAUGCCAAAGUCACCUUUUGGUCCACCAGCUUGAUUGAAAAUGACAUCCAAACAUCAACACAGACCCCCACCUGAGGAUCCUUCAUGCCAGGUUUGGCAAUGAUAUCUCAAGGUGUGACUGGGCCUACGUCAAAAAACAGGCAAUGUACUGUCAAACUGAUGUUUGGUGCCCAGUGUCCAAACAGCAAUGAUAUUUUCUGCCCCUCUUCGGAACCUUUCAUGCUGAGUUUGGUGAUGGUAUCUCGAGAGGUGGCCAAACAUAUGCCAAAAAAUAGGUCAUGCCAAAGUCAUGCUUCAGUUCACUAUAUUGAUUCAAAAUGGUGACAGUCAUCAAGACAGUGAUGAACACCUACCCCCCUUUGGAAAUUCUUAGGCUGAGUUUGGGAAUGGUAUCUCAAGAAGCGUCCAGAUGUAUAGAGAGCAAACAAAUGGACAUGCAAACAGCCAAAUCAUGUUCCAAAAUAUAUAGCAGAUUUUAAUUCUAAAAAAAUUCAUGUGCCUUGAAUCUUGUAGUCCUCAUUAGCAGAUGGCAUCAGUAGUUCCUGGCUUUUGAAGCUCUUUGUUACAGAGGUAGUUAGGGGUGCUGGGGGAACAAUAACAUAAAAAGUCAUCUCUUUUGUUCUUGUUGCCCGACCAGGUCUGCAGUUGCCACAGGGAAAUAGGAUCCCCUUCCCUAGAACAGUGUUACCAAGCACAAGGCCUGAGUAAUACAUUUCAUUCUUAUCCAAUGAAGGCAGGAGCCUCUUCUUACCUGGGCAGAUGGUAAAUUGGGGGUUUUGUCCCUAGAAAGCUGAAGGGAAAUGUGAUCAUGCUGUUGUGAACAAAAACAAGGGGAUAAUUUACUCAGCAAACUUGCCUCCAUUGGUAGGUACUGUAUGUGUGUAUGAGAGAGAGAGAGAGAGAGAGAGAGAGAGAGGGGAAAGCAAGCAAGCAAGCAAGGAAUCUGUGAUAAUCUGUUUGGUACAAUGCAAGCAAAAUAUGAAAAGAUUAGAGUAGUUAUCUUAUGAAAUACACUUGUAUGAAUUUACUUGUUGCAUUAUCCCAAAGUGCAAAUGCUGGCUUAUGCCUAUACUUUCCCAUCAUUUUAGCAGCUACUGGUAGCUGCAUAAUAGCCCAGGGCAGGUCAAGGCUUCCUUAGAAUGCUGAACCUCCUGCAGAAUGUAACAUGAAUUUCUUAGAUGGUAGGUCAGCAAGUGCAAGGCAGACUACAGUUAAAUUUAUUUUGCAGAUAAUAUUCCUUCACUUUGUUAGCACCUACUCAUAUGUCCCCUGUACACUCCAAGUACUGGACUUACAUCCUUACGUUGUAAGGUACCCUGCACUUUUUGUAGCUUGGGUGUCUGUUAUAUGAUAUCAGCAAAGCUUUCUGCAGCUUGACUGUCUUGUUAGCGCUCACCAACACUGGCUUUAUGUGCUCUGUCUUUUAGAUAUUCCUAUCAGUGUAGUACCAGUGAUAACUCUUAUCCAGGACUUCACAAUUCGCAGAUGGUUGCUUAGUGGACUUGAAGUGUUGAGACGUUCUGAAAAUUAAUGGACUGAUUAAAGCCAUUUUCAAACUCCAGGUAUCGUUAAGGCCAUGAAUGGCCAUGUUCUCUUUUCCUCUCUUUUAUCAGAGAACUUAAUUGUACAAGUAGUUCUUAAGAACAUUAAAUGGCUUUUAGGUGGAGAGCUUCCUGAAGGUGGGUGUAGAGAACCUAUGUGUUUUUAACUCUUUCCUUUCCCACAGUUGACUCAAGCUGUUUUUGAUUAGCUCUUUGUUCCCAAUGUUGAUUUCACUGCUUGUAUGGUGGCUUGCCUUUUCAGUCCUAGAAUAUUUGUGAGAAAAGUUAAACCUAGAGGCCUUCUGGACUUCUAGCAUUCCUGGGCAUUUAGUAUUAAUAAUGGAGGCAGCAUAUCCUACAGUGUUUGCAGAAUGGAAUUCAAUGAGCUUUUUGUUAGAGUGCAUUCAUUAUUUCUCAGGGUUCUUGUAACUGGCAUGCGUGUGCGGGCUAAAAGCUGUUGAUGGGGGCAGAUGGAGGAAUUCCAGUGGUUUGGGUAACUGAACUGCAGAGAUGGGUAUUGUCAAUCCCACAGGGCUUUUUUGUUCAUUUCAAGGUAACCAGCUGGUUUUGAGUCACUUGUCAGAAUGGUGUAAUUUCCCCAACUGUGUAUGGAACAUUUUGUAAAAGUAUGCUAGCUUGCAUCUGGAUUUUCUCCCCCCCCCCUUCUAUUAAAAAUCAAAUGACUUUAGCACAGCUGGGCACAAAAUUGAAUGUGGUUGGUUUAAACAGCCUUUAAAAUCAAAAGCAUUAGUCUCAGGGUGGUGAUAUGAUGACAUCAAACAUAAGAUAAAAGGAAAGGGUUAUAAUAUUUGGGGACUCACAUACAAACGGCUUCUUUUUCUUGGGUACCCAUAUUAGAAAUCUGGCCCAUCUUAGUUGAACCUCUGCUUCUGUUCUGUCUCCUGGCUUUGAUCACCAAGGGACAAAUAGCAGUUCUACCUCAGAGUCUAAAGUGUUGUAUGUUUAGGUUUGCUGUGUGAUGUUCAGAGUAGAUUUCUUUUUUAAAACAGGUUUCUGUUAUCUUUCAUUACAGGUGUGAAGUAAAAAUGGUGCAAAAAUAUCAGUCUCCUGUUAGGGUCUACAAAUACCCAUUUGAGCUGGUCAUGGCGGUAAGUGGUAUUUCUUAUUACUUCUCUGGUGUCUUUCAUAGCUUUAGAGGCUCAAAAAAAUAUUCAGAAGCCUCUGAUUUGUGUGGUAUUCAGAGUUAUGAUGUGUUGAUUUGCAGUAUAUGAAAGGUUUAUAUCUGUUCUUUUGGUUAAACUUUCUGUAGGAUCAACCUGUAAUUGGGUUUCUUGUCAUGAGGUACCAUAAUUUCACAACUUCACAAAAAAAUAUUUCUAACUUCUUUGUCAUCCAGUGCUGAAUUUAUUUGUAGUAAUUAUCAGAAAGGAAUGUAAAAAAUUAGAUUUGGAAAGUUUAGCAGUCAUAAGAUUAAAAGGCAGGUACUGUUAUGGAUUAAUAACUGGUUAGAGAACAGGAAGCUGAGAGUAGGAAUAAAUGGAAUGUUUUCACCAUGAAUAUAGGUAAGAAGUGGUUCUCUCAAGGAUUUGUAUUGGGACCACUUCUUUUUAACAUUUUCAUUAAUAAUUUGGAGUUAGGAGUGAGCAGUGAGGUAGUCAAGUUUACUAAUGAUGUAAACUUGUGGUAAAAGUUACAGUGGUAAAAACAAAAAAGGGACUGCUAGGAGAUCCAAAAUAAUCUCUCCAAACUGGGUGAAUGGGUAGUAAAAUGGCAAAUGUGGUUCAGUGCAAGGUGUAAAAUGAUGUAUAUUGGGGCAAAAAUUGUAACUUCACAUUUACAUGAAAUGGGGUGUGAACUGAUGACUGAGCAGGAAAUAAUUAUUGGAUAAUGGUGAAUAGUUUGAAGAAAAUGUUAAUCCAGUGUGUGGUAGCCGUGAAAAAGGCACAUAACAUUUUAGGGGCCAUUAGGAAAGGGGCUGGAAAUAAUUUAUUAUUUAUGGUGCAACUGCCCUUGGAAUACAGUUCACAGUUCUGGUUGCUGCCCCUCAAAAGAUAUUGUAGAGCUGGUAAAAGUGUAAAUAGAGCAACCAAAAUGAUGAAGAGGCUGGAGCAACUCCCAAAUGAGCAAUAUUUACAGGUUACAAGUCUUAGAUUUUUUAAAAAAUGUGAAUAAGGGCUGGGAAGGAACAUAAGUGUAUAACAUUAUAUAUGAUAUGGAGAAUAUGGAUAGAGGUAAGUUUUUUCUUCAUAAUACUAGAACCUGGGGUUAGUCAAUGAAACUGAAUUUUGGAAUUUACAAUAACUAUAAAAUAAAGUACUUCUCCAUACAGUGCCUUGUUAAACAAUGAAAUUUAAUCUGACACGAUGUAGUGAGGCCCCCAACUAACAGAUUUAAAAGGGGAUUAGACAGAUUCAUGUCACUAUCAAUCAUGAGGGCUGUAUUUUACCUCCCCUGUUAGAGACAAUACAUCUCUGGAUACCAGUUGCAGGAGAUUGCAAGUAGGAAAGUGCUAUUGCUGUCAUAUCCUUCUUGUGAGCUGCCUAUAGCCAUCUUCUUGGCUACUGUGAGAACAGAAUGCUGGACUAGAAGGAUGUUUGUCUGAUUCAACAGGACACUUCUUAUGUCCUUAUGGUACAAAUUGGCUUCCACCUUUUGCCUUAUUUAGGGGUCCUUUGAAAACUGUGACCUUUGAGAUCUUGCUGCCUCCUCCGUACCUGGUGUAGAAAUACACUGUGCCAAUGUUGGUGGCGAUUUUGAAUGCCUCUGAGAGCAGCUCUCAUUUUUUAAUUAAAAUAACCAAGUGACUUCAGGAAACUUAGCAGUUCCUCUCCCCACUUCAUUUGCACUCAGGUCUGGCAUCCCUGGCCUCUCUAAAUAUUUGCUUUUUGAAAAUCCCAGUCUAUUGUGCAUCUUGCUUCAGAUCUUGUUGAAAAACAAAGUUGGAAGGAGAGUCUUAAAAACUGUGGCUAAGUCUAUUCUGCUAACGUCAUCUAUCUUUACCAGAUCUAUCUGACUCGCACCAGGGGGAAGAGACAUAUGUUCCUGUAUCCCUUGUGAGUUAUGGCUAAUGCCUUUGGGCAUUUAGUACUUUUGUCUGCAUAAUUAGUCCAUUUAAAGCUCUCUGCAAGCUUCAGUUCAGAGAGAGAGGCAGGCAAGCAUAUGAACUAUUUUCCAUUAACAUGUGGAGUUGUGGAUGACAAAAGCAGUUGUCAUUGCACUGAAAGUUUCCAAGUACAUUUGGUAUCUCAAGUGACAGUUCCCUGACUUCCUUCUGUAGAGUGUUUUGCAGUAUUCAACACAAAGGCACUGGUAAACAGAACAAGCACCUAUGUGCACUUCAGCUCCAUUAGACACAGAUGGUUGAUGUCAGGUGGUUGUCAGUAAAUUGGCUGUUAAUACAGGAGGGUUGCAGCUAGACAAAUCUGUUGUAAGUUUGGUAGCAUAUAUCUUCUAAAGACCAAAUAUUGAUGCAUUUCUUUUUGUUGCAUUUUUUAUUUCAGAAUUUUUCUCUGCUUGACAAAAUGUCUUAGGCAGUCUUAUGUACUGUUGUAACCCCUUGGCUUUAUAGAAAGUGAAACUAACACGCUAACUGAAUUAUGCUCUGGUAAAAACAAAACUGAAUCCUGAAUGUUUUGAAUCCUCAGCUAUAUCUUAAAUCACAUGAGUGAACUCAAGAGCUUCUAGAAAAACAUGGUGCAGUCUAUCCACGAUGCCUAGGUUGUAAAAAGAUUGCUACUUACAAGAAAGUGUAACUGCCAAAAUGAAAUUUGAUUACAUUAUACAGUUAAGCAUAAAUAUGUUGCUUAAAUGAUUUAACUUAAGGCAACACCUAGCACUAGCUUUUGUUUUUAGUGCUAGGAUUUAGCCCAAGAACAUUUUUGUAAUAGCAAUAAUGUGAUUCUGAGCAUAACAAUAUCAAAGGGCCAAUAUCAAAGAGCAUAAGAAUAUCAAAGGAACAAUAUCAAAGGGCUUGGCUUCUAGGCAAGUGGAGCCCUGGAUCUCUAUGUUGUUUUGGUUUGGAAUUCACCAAUUCCUCGCCAGCAUAAACAGAUGGAUCGUUAAAGCCUGUUCUUAUGAAGAAUACAAUAAAUGCACUUGAGGAAUGUGCAGACGGGUAGACAGAAACUUUGAGUGGAGAUUUUGCUUUAGGAAGUGACUGUAGAAAAUGUUAACUUGUGAGGACGACUACAAAAAAGUUGGGGUGCUGCCGAAGAGCAGGAUCAUCUUUUGUAUCUUUGGGAAUAAUUUGCCAAAGUGUUGGUUGAUCAUAUUAUCUCUACCUUCUGGAAGCUUUUACUUUAAACAAUUUUAAUGAGGUAUUCCUCGUUAAAUAAAUAAAAAAGAUCCUUAUAAAGAAUGAACUCUUUGAGUGCUGGACCUCUGGGUUCAGUCAACACACUCUUGUAGAUUGCUGUUCUGAGGUUCACCUUAGUGUUUCUGUUAGUAUUAACAGUCUUCACCGCAGUUUUCACCAUCUGUGUGCCAAGUGUUGCAACUUCUCAGUCUGUUGAUUCAAAAUCUGCCAAUGUGUGAAAUGCAUCUCUUGGAGAAAGAUUUGAAGGAACAGUAUGAUAAUCUUGUGAGUAUUGUAUAGAUGCUUUUGCUCGGAGGAGAUGAGGCUUUGAUUUAUAGGAAGCGUGUUUCUUUUAAUGAAUAUUUUCCUCCAGAGGACUGGAAUAGGGCAUUCAGGAUAGUACUUUACUUAAUUGGGUUCAUUAUUUAGUUUAGUUGUCUUUCAUUGUAAAAAUGAACUCAAACGUAACUUACACAUGUUAAACGAAUGUAAUUAAAUUAAAUUAAAUUAAAGUAGCACUACUUUAUAAUUAAAUUAUACAACUCCAAAAUCAAGCAACAAUAUCAUGUUUUUCGUUGUACCGGUACAAUGUUCCAUAUGUGGUGGCUAUGUAAAAAAAUUAAACCGAGAAUUUUAACUGCGAGGAAUUGGAAAAGUGACAAAGCCCCUUCGAGGUCAGAAUGAUUACAGAAACUAGUUGAAUAUGCAGAGUUAGCUAACUUAUUUGAAAGAAUGAAGGAUAAGUAAUGAGAACCUCUUUAAACAUAUCUUAAGAACAACUGGAAGUCUGAAUUCUGUUGCUGCAUUUGAAUAACCCCUGUAGUUGUACUAAGUAAGAAAUAAGGAUACAGCAUAAAUAAUGUUUUAUUGUAAAAUGAAUAGAUAGAUUUAUGCAAAAAGUUAGUAAACUAGAAAUGAAGUAUGGAGAAGACGGGAAGUCAGUGUAUUUCAAGAAGAUUUAUUGGCAAUUAUACAAAUUUAUUCUUUUUGGUUAACGGUGUAAUUUGUAACAAAUGACAUAAAUAUUUUCUUUUUAUGUAUGUUGUUGGUGCGUAAGCAUAAUAAAUCAUAUAAAAAACAAAACAAUAUCAUGUUUUUCAACAGUACACACUCCAUAGGUAACAGAGAUGCUGUAGUCUCUGCUGCACUACAUGUGGUUUGAUAGUCUUUCUGAAGACACUGUGCUUAAAGGGGUGGUAUGCAGACCCACUGUGAUUGUUUGCAAAUACUUUGUGCUUUCCAUGGGGUUGAGUUUAAUGAAUUUACUGGAUUAGUUUCCCCAUACUUAUCUCAACAUCAGGUACUGAUCCAUCCUAUGAGAAGUUGUCACCGUAUCUAGGUCAAACAUAAUCUAGUUCCUUGAAACAGCCACUUCCUAAUAUAUAGACCCCGGAGGCCCUAAUAUUUUAAUUUUUAUUUAAAGUUUCUCAAAUCAGAAUCUUAACUCGGAUAUGCAUAAUGUGACAGACUUUUACUCCCUCAAGCUUUGCAUUCGUUAGAGGAUUCUCCCUGCAGCAAAGAGCAGUUCCUUAGCGACUGAAUUUCCUUUGAAUCAGUUAGGAGACUUGAGCUGAUGAUUUCAGAGGUUUGUGGAGAGCAGCUAAAGUGGUUUGACAGAGCUCUGUCCCUACCCGAAUGUCAAAAUGGCAGACUUGUCCCCAGUGGCCUAUCGUAUCCUUGGAUGGCUCUGCACAUGAGAUGCACCGUAGGCCCUCCAGCCACAUAGGAAAUACAUCUGCAAUGGAACAUGACUUUGUGUGGUUUGUGAAUGUACUGUUGCUUAGGGAUGUAUUUUGUAAUUGUAGAUUCAGACACAAUAUGGGGCUAGCUUACAGUAUUCAUUGACCCCUUCGUAUGUGGCCUGGCAGCCGUACUGUCAUGGAAUGUGUGUGGUGGUGUUGAGGGGAGUUAUGGCAGAUACAUAGAUAGGCUAAUCCAUUUCCAGACUCUCAUACAUUGUGUCUGAUUCAUCAUUGGUUUGUAACUGCUUGCCAGUUUAUGAUUUUUCUUACAGGACUAACUUUCAAAUGCAUUUCCCUGAAGGAAAAACAACUAGGAAGUAGCCAUAAGACUGACCAAAAAGAAGACUAGGAAAAGGGUUUCUGAGCAAGCACUGAGGUCCAGCGCCAAGGGCCUUCUGGCAGUUCCCUCACUGCGAGAAGCGAAGUUACAGGGAACCAGGCAGAGGGCCUUCUCUGUAGUGGCGCCCACCCUGUGGAAUGCCCUCCCACCAGAUGUCAAAGAAAUAAACAACUAUCUGACUUUAGAAGAUAUCUGAAGGCAGCCCUGUUUAGGGAAGCUUUUAAUAUUUGAUGAAUUAUUGUAUUUUAAUAUUUUGCUGAAAGCCGCCCAGAGUGGCUGGGGAAGAAACACAGCCAGAUGGGCAGGGUAUAAAUUUAUUAUUAUUAUUAUUAUUAACUACUCUUUUUUGCAUUGAACAUUUGCAAUUUCUCUUUUGCUACUCUGUGCGCGAAAACAUAUGUUUGAAUUUUUACUUCUAAUGCCCACGUUUCUUCUUCUUCAUAGAAUAGUAAGGAAAACCAGCAGCCACUCUGAUCCUGUCUUUACUUUAAUCUGGGCUGUUAAUCAUUACUAUUUGCUAUAUAGUUGAAAUGAGUAAAUAGACUUGGCGAUAACUUUUCCACAAGUAGAAUGCAUAGGAAACAACUUCAUCCUGCCCAUAAGAUAGAGAUGUUGUGACAGUGCACUCUGUCACUGUGGGUAUUGUGGAACAGGUGCCAGGCUCUGUCCAGUUUCUUUGCUGCUCCUCUCAUUAUCCUGCAGUCGGGGGGGGGGGGCACUUCACAUUUGUGAUUGGUAUCAGGACUGUUGAUCAGACAGCUUCAUUUAUAGUCCUCAUAUACAGAUAUGGGAAGUUCCUGUUUAUGUUGAGAGCAAAAUGCUGAUAUAUAGGACUCUGGAUAGGCACAUGCCCAUUCCAUCUGCAUGCCCUAGCUGGCAUAACUUGCAGAACACACAAUUCUUUUCUACCAUCUGCUAAAAUUAAAACCAAGCGUUUUGUACUGACUUACGGCUAUAGCUGAGGUCUGUUUGCUUAGAAACUUUUCCCUGAAUAACUUGAAGGAACAGUCCCCAUAGCAGCAUUCCUAUUGUGUAGCUCUUCCGUUGUACAGUAUUCAUUUGAGCAUUGUGCUUCAUCCUGAAAUAUGCAUUUAGUCACAACAUUUUCCUCCUUGUUAGGCCUACAGCUAAAUCUCCAUGUGUUGUAAUAAUAUGGUAUUUCACAAAGCAGGUUCAGGCUAGGUCACAGCUUCAACAAGGCAGCUAUAAGGAACCUGAUAGCGGCUAUACAUGCACACUUGUGUCUAUGUUGAAUUUGUGUACUAACAGUGUUGCCUAGUUAAACAUUUGCAGCCAGGUGUUUUAUAGUGCUGAGAUUCUGGGAGGAAGAUGUUUUGUGUCAUGGCUAGGUCUGCUACAUAGCGAAUCAAAAAGUGUCAAGGGUCCGAAGCCCUCCAGAUACUUUACAAAAGUGCACCGUUGAUACAGUUGCAGCCAUGACAAUCUUAUGCCUUUUGUCUUUGCCACCAGCUCCUAUUUUGCGAUUGCUUUAGCUCUUACAAACUUACUUCUAAUUCUAUAGGAACCAUUUGUUUCAAAAUCUAGGAGUUGCUUAUAUUUAUCUGCAUGUUUUAAUGAGGAGUGAUCUAACAGAGGCAUCCACAGUGAAAGCCUAGGAGCCAAAACUGAGUUCCAAUUCCACCACACCAUCAAUGUUACUUUUAAGAAUGGAUUGCCCACCUUUUCUUGUUCUGUAAGACAACCACAGGAAGGGCAGAGCAUGUACCAAUAGUCUUGUGUGGGUGCUUUCUGUUUGUACCCAUGAAAUAUCCACUUUGCCUUUAAUGAGGGUGUCAAUGAUUUAAUUUAGAAAGCUGCAUAGUAUUGUUCGAGAUUGGGUAUUCCUAGCCCUCCUUUGUUCCUGUGCCUAAAAAAAUAUUUAUUGACUGAGUCUGGUUCUUUUUCCUAAAAAUGAAUCAAAUAAAAUAAAUAAAAGAAAUUAAUUUAAUUUGCCAUUUUUAAGCAUAACAGGAGAAAUGUAUAUUGGAAAAACCUGAAAUAGGAAAGAGAAUUUUCAUAGAAUUGGUAUUUAUAUAGCCGUGAUAUCACCUAGCCAGCUAAGGCUUGAAUGCCUUCACUUUAACAGUUCUUUAUUUACACUAUUUUUGUAAGUUGGUUUGGAUCACAUUUUUGAAGAAAGUGACUUUAUCAACAACAGCAACAAGUACAACAACAACAAUGUAGAACACAGAAUCUUUGAAGUAGUGUCCUAUUUCAGACAUACAAAACUCAGUCCUUGGACCCCAUGUGAUUAAAUAACCUAGCCAUGGCCUUUUGAAUAGAUGCAAAUCAGGUAACUAUAAAACUCUGACCGAGGACUUGGUUUUGAUUACAUAUUCCAGUUAAUGAAAUUUCACUGCAGUCCCUGGCAAGUGGAAACUGUCUUGUCAAUCACAGAGUGACACAUACAUUGCUGUUCUCAGCCAGCUGUCCUCAUUGGCUGAACUUGUUCUUUUCCUUGGCUUGCCAACAAGCUUUGCCUAGUUCGCUGCCCUUGAUACUGCCUCUGUGCUUUGUUCCCUCCUUGUCCUACCUGGCAUGCAAAAAUAGAUCAUGAUAAGAUGAAAUAAUAGCUUGUGUGGUAGUCCUCUGAAGGUAGAAUUGGUGCUUAUAUCCCUCCACCUGCUGCCUUCUAGAUGUUUAGGAUUGCAAUUCCUGUUGGCCCCAGUUAGCAUGGUCAAAAGGUCAGGGAAGAUGGAACUUGAAGUCCAAAGCAUCUGGAGGGCACCAGGUUGGGGAAGACUGGCCUAGACACUUAAAUGCUGGCUAAAAGAAAGCUAGUGUGGUGCAUUGGCUGCAGGUUUGGAAUACUCAGGUUCAAAUCCCUGCUUGGCUGCAAAUUUCAUUAGAUGACUUUGGGCAAAUGGCCACCUUUCACAGGAUGGCUGUAAGGCUUAACUGCCACUCUUAAGCUCCUUGACAUAGUGGCAGGAUGUAAGAGCUAAUAAGAAGCUAAUGUCCUCCUUUGUUCAUUUGUGUUUCAGUCUUUACCAAAAAAAAAAAAUUGCUUUUUUGUCAUUGCAGUCAUUUUUCUGAUCAAAAAAUACACUUCUGAAUUUUUGUUAGGAUCCAUAGAAGUCUCACAUGUAGGGCUUGUUACUUUGUGAAAAUUAUGCAGAUGCACAUGCUCUGUUAGCCUUUACUGAGAUGCAGAUGCUCUGUUAGCCUAUACUGAGUUUGCUCUGCCAUGUGAUAUGUUUGACAUCUAAAAUCAACCAGAAUACAGUUGGUUCUCUUUGCUCCGCUCCACAAUUUCAGCAGGACUCCAAAUCUUGUUUUAAAAUCACAUAUAUUGAGAGAAUUGCUGGGUUAAUGUAUAUCUUUUUAGAAUCUUUUCUAGGAAUACAUCUUAUUUUAUAGAAAGGGUUUGCAUCUAUUCAUAAUGCCAUUUCCUUCUCAAGUUCCAGCUGAAACAACUUUCAUCUAUCUUUUGAAGAUUUUCAUCCCUAAAUGUAUUAUUAUUAUCAUCAUUUCCCCUAGCAAAUCCUGAGUAAUAAACCUAUAUAGACCUUACCUACAGUAUUCUCCCCUUAUUUGAUCCAUACAGGAAUUUUGCACCACACAAAGUUGAGAGGUCAUGGUGACUUGUGCAUCAUCAAAUGUAAUUUAAUCUUUAGCAAAGUUGUCAUGUUAAAGGUGAACCAUGUUAAAUAUAACAUCAGCUGUUCACUGCUUGCCUGAGUUGUGAUCAGCGACUGUGCUGCAAAAUAUCUUGAUUGUUAAAUGUCUUGGAUAUAGAAGUCCAAAGGCGUGUUCUAAAAUCUAGCAUAAUUGAGUUUUUCAGUAUAAGCCAUUCGACACUUGCCAGAGCCCCCGAUUGGCCUGAAGCAGACUAUUGUGUAUUUCUUAAAAUGCUCCAUUGUUCUGUGUUUUUGGGAUUCUGCCCAAAAUAGUAGCCCUGCAUAGCAUUGUCUCUGGAGACCUUCACUGUAGAUCCUUUACUACUGUGACAUAUCUAUUGGUCAACUUCUGCCACAUAGCAACUGAUUUUCGUAUGAGCCAGUCUAACAACAACUGCUCAAAAAACAAUAACAGUAGUUGUGUGUUUCCCAUAGUCUGUAUUGAUUUCCAAGAGCCAGUUGGGGACAGGGCAUCUUACAUAACACAAGGGCUUUGUGUUUCAGCUAGAAAAUGACGGUGAUGAUUUAUUAAAUUUGUAUACCAACCUUCAUUCAUAAAUCUCAGGGAAGCACACAGCAUAAAAAUACAAAAUACACAAUAAACAAUAAUAAGAACAAAACAAUACCCCCCAAAGGACGGGAUAGGAACUUGGGGGCAACAGGGGAGUCAAACAAUGGGGAAUAAUCCCUUGCUACUUGAAACUAAAAGUUGAUCUAAAAAAUGAGGAGGAAAGAAAUGCAUUAUUUUUUAAACUAAAAAUAUCCUUUAUACAAAUAAAAAGUAAUUAAACAGUCUUCAAAAGUUCUUGUUAUGAGUUAGUGGGGGAACAGGGAUCUCCCAGGUUUCCCCCUCUAAAUUAUUGGGUGUUAGGGUUUAAUCAGAGCCUUGAUAAUAAAGGUGAGCUGACAGGCUGAGCUUGUUUUUCUGCCAGAUAGAAGGGCAGAUGGAGAUAAUGGCCCUGCCAUUUAAAAGGUAAAGGGACCCCUGACCAUUAAGCCCAGUCGCAGACGACUCUGGGAUUGCGGCGCUCAUCUUGCUUUACUGGCUGAGGGAGCCGGCGUUUGUCCGCAGACAGCUUCCAGGUCAUGACUAAGCCGCUUCUGGCAAACCAGAGCAGCGCAUGGAAAAGCCGUUUACCUUCCUGCUGGAGCGGUACCUAUUUAUAUACUUGCACAUUGAUGUUCUUUCGAACUGCUAGCUUGGCAGCAGCAGGGACCGAGCAAUGGGAGCUCACCCCGUUUCGGGGAUUCUAACUGCCGACCUUCUGAUUGGCAAGCCCUAGGCUCUGUGGUUUGCAAAAGCCAUCCACAAGACAAAAGACCUUAUGGGAGGUUGCCAGGGCAGCAUGGGUGUGAUGUUACAGGAAAACAAGUUGUCCUCUUACACAGAGGUUUUUGGCAAGGUGUUCUGGAAAUUAGGGAGAACUCCAUGCGCACUGGCUAGGAGAGGCUGCACUGAGAAACCAGGGGCCAUGACUGGCUGCUGCUUUGGACCCAAGCUUGCAGAAGCUAUGAAUGGAACAACAAAGGACACUCUUGGGGUGUAAUGUUUUGCACUCUCUCUCCAUUGAAGGCUUCAGGUGUAGAUAUGUAUGAAUAAACCAUAUUUCUAAGACACUACAGACUCCUCUGUGCCUUGAUUUUCCAAUGGAAACACAACCCUGGGUGAGUGCCUGGAACCCCCUGAAAUCUUAACUACUACUCAGCAGAGAUUGGGCAUGGCAUGUAACAUUCUUUUAUCUUAUUACUAUUUUUAAUAGCUAUCCAGGGUUUUUCUGUCCUGACUUUUCAUGUUGUGUUUGGGCAGGGGGUACAGCUCAAUGGUAGGUCACAUCCUUUGCAUGCAGAGGGUCUUGGCUUCAAUCUUUGGUACCACCAGGAAAAGAAAGAAGGGUCAUGUAGCAAGAAGUGGGAAACUUCCUCUGUCUGCCGCCCUGGAGAGCUGCUGCCAGUCAAAGUAGAUGAAGAAUGUGGUACCUGUGUCCAUUAAGAUAUUGUUGGACUCCAGUUUCUAUCACCCCUGACCACUGGGCAUGCUGAACCCUAGUGUCCCAGGUCCUAGUCCAACACUCUGUUACACCACUCUGAAGUCUGAGUAUAACACUUCCACUGACCUCUACCAUGGUUUCACCUCAGCCCAAAUCACAUCAUAAUCAUUUUAUUCAAUAUUAUUUUAAUAUUUAAUAAUCACACACAGCUGCACAGGCAUUCAGUGAGGAAAGGCACAGCAGAUUCCAUGUGUGUGUUACUGUUCAGGGUCACAGGCAUUCAUCCACCUUUAAAAAAAAAAAAGAACUUUCAAACACCAUCCACUUUCAUUCAUUACAGUGAUGUGUGCUGCAGAGUUGUGUGAUAAAGAACAAGAAGAUUCCAAGAACAGAAGAAUGGUCUUUACAGCAUUAACAUAUUCUCUCUCUCUCUCUCUCUCUCUCUCGGUGUGUGUGUGUGUGUUUCAGGCUUAUGAAAAGCGCUUCCCCACUUGCCCAGAGAUCCCUGUUUUCCUGGGCAGUGAGAUCCUUAGUGAAUCCAAGAGUGAUGAUGGAUCCAUCCACAUAAUUGAACGCAGCUGUAAAUUGAAUGUAGAUGCACCUCGGUUACUGAAGAAGGUGAGAGCUAAGAUUCCUCAUAGACAUGUGCUCUUAAGGCUGCCUGGGCUGUGCUCGUAAUAUAUUCCAUUGUAGUCCUUACAUGCUAAUCUUAUUUCUCUUUUUCAGAUUGCUGGAGUAGAGUAUGUCUUUUUCAUACAAAAAAACACAGUCAACUGGAAGGAGCGAACUCUUGUGAUUGAAGCUCAUAAUGAGACUUUUGCCAACCGUGUCAUUGUCCUGGAGACAUGUAACUAUUCAGUAAGCAUUCUGUCUAUCAGAUUUCCCUUCUCUUCAAAGUGCAUUGGGUGGGCUUGAAUCUUGGUGGCUCUAGUAGUGCUUUCUGUCUUAUUGUUACUAGGAAUAACAUUCUCAGGCUUGUACAGCAGGCUGUAACUGAAUGCAGAUUUUACUGGUUUGGAUUUGCAUCUCUCUAUGUUUGUUUGAAGGGUUGUAACCCUUAUACUUAUACUGGCAAAGAAAAUAAGUUAUCUCUGCUUGCUGCUUUUGGAGGUGUCCUAAACUGAAAAAAGGGAAAGUGCUCUGGGCAUAGUAGUUGGCUGCUGAAUGGUGAGGUAUACAUUUCAGAUGGGAUUGUGUUGUUAUUUUUUCUUUUUUUCUUGGUUCUCUUUAGCUAAGAUCCAAAUAGCAGUACUGUACUGAUGUUGAAAAAUCAUCUAGUUCCAGAGCUACCGUAUUUCACCAUAUAAUGGUUGCGUUUUUGAUGACGAUUUUUCCUUUCCUAAAAGGGGUUGGUGACUUUUAUGCAGGGAAAUACGAAAGUGCGACCAUUAUGUGAGAGUAGAAAAGUAGGGACUACAGCAGGUGGAUCCAAGGAGUCGGGCCAGCGCCACGGGGAGAGUGAGCGUGAACCAGAGACAAAGUAACUGUUGUUAUGGGGAGAGAAAACAGAAAGACACUAGUGUACAUUUCUGUAAAAAUGAAGGCUCCCUUGUGCGUAUGUUCUCUUGUCCAGACUACUGACAUGCAGUGGUGUCGCUCAUUUAUCAGAAUCUCUAUGGUGAACGAAACCGCUCUAUAUUUUGCAUUGCAAGAGCGGAAUAGCCAUUCAAAUUUGGACAGAAAGUUCUGGUAAGGAAUGCCGUGGGAACAGCAAACGAGUGGUGCCGGCAGCCAGGCCUGCCACCGCCCGCCACGUCUCCCCUCAGUGCACAUGGCCUGGCCAUCCCCUACAUUGGUUCCCAUUGAAACAACAAUAAAAAAGCAGCAGGCGGGAUGGGGAGAAACAUUCUCUCCCACUCCGCUCCUACUAGAAGCUCAUGGCCGAGAUGGCAAGGUACAAGGGGAGCAGGGGUGGCAGCAGCUGGAGGAGGAAAUGAAGGGGCCUGAAGCCUAGUGGAGCCGCAUAAGUUACCCUGCGACUAUUAUGUGGGGAAUGCUCUGGGACCAUUUCGGGGGUCCAGAAAAGGGGAGGUGCAACUAUUAUGCGGUGGCGACCAGUAUGCAUGAAAUACGGUGUUGUGUUGAUAAGCAGAGGGCUACUAGGACAGUUAUAAGGCUGUCUGUGUUUGUGGUUUUCACUUGAGUUGAACAUACAUUUGUGUUCUGCCAAUGCUUAACUGAUCAGCCUGACACACAUGUUACCAAGCUGCAAUAUCUAACAUUAGAUUAGCAAAAUGCCUGCUGUUAUCUUGGUCCCAGGGAUUGUAAGGUAGGAGGAGCUGAAUUUGGUACAGGGCUGUUCUGGUCUAUACUAUCGAUUGUCUUAAUAUAGCUGUGCACUUCAAAACUCUCAUAAUUAGACCAGCAGAAACCAGAAGGAACAACUGUACCCUAAGUGAACGUAGUUCCUAGAUUCCCUGCCUCAUGUUCUUUCUGCCUUAUGUCUCCCACUUAUUUUUUUGUUAGUGAUAUUUGCUGCAACCCCAUCACUAUGUAGCCAGGUAGCUGUUAUAACAAUGGUGUGUCAUCUGCCAUGUAAGCCUGUAUUUGGUGCAGCAGAGGUUUAUGGCUUGGUUCUACCAGUGACAUUUAAGAGGAGCUUAGUCUAUCUCUGAAAGCAAUUAAAUACCCAUUUGUGUUUGAUAAACAAAAGCUCAGAUUGUGUUACCUUACUUAUCUGCUUUGUUGGCAUGUAUUCAAGACAGCAGCUUCUUGAAAGCUGAGAGACUUGGAACUUCUGCUGCUUUGGGUGACCUUUUGUGACUAAAGCCUACAGGUCUCUUAAAUUUCAGUCUAUUUCUCUACAGCUAAGAACAAAUGUGUUGUGUGCAGCUGCUUAAAAAUACAGUGGCACUUCUAUUCUGCUGUCUCUUUGGCUUUAUCUCAGGUGCUGCCUGAGGAUGGAAUGAGACAUGAAGGAAGCAGACCUUUGUCUUCAAAUAUAGGUCACUACCAAAAUGCUGAAAAGUUAGACAGGUGAUUUCAAGUGGGAAAAUGGUGGGUGGUGUGGUGCUGAAUCCUUCCAACUGUCGCUUCGCCCUCCACACUAUUUUUCUACUAGCUGGCAUAUUUCAGAUCUUCAAGCUUGAAGAAAAAUGGUAUGAGGGAACCAUCAGAAGGGUUCAGCAACCCCUCCUGCCCACAGCUUUUUACUUGGAGAUUGUGUUCUCUCCCCUACUUUACAGCUGUUCAGCACAUGGGUUUCCCACCAUCACAUCUAGUUCUUGAUCUGACUUGAGUUCUGAAAGAGGGUGACUUCAUGGAAUAUCACUAUAAUUGGCAUACCAAUUGUUGUUUCUGAUGAGUGGGAGAGGGAAAGAGGAAUACUUUUAUAGAGCCUGAGCUUUAUGAGUUCAUUCUCAGCUUGGCUUUAAUUCUAUAUUUUCCUCAGUCAAUUUAUUUUGCUGAGAAUCUUCCAUCCAUUCUCACUGGGUGGAUAGCCUAUCUACUGCUACAGUGACUGGAACAGAAACUACAAACUCCCUCAAGUGUCAGGAAAACUUUGUGACUUGAGGCAAAGCAGUUCAAAUGCCACGCUAACCCUGUUUCCAAUAGGUAGGAACACUAGGCAAUAGAUGUCCAUAUAAACCAGUUUUCAAGGUGAGUCAUCAUUUCAGCUGCCAACUGCACACUUUAUUCCUUUUUGACAAUUACACCAAAAGAAAUGUUCAGUCUUCUUAGAAGGAGAACAGACAAAAAGGAAGUACAUUUGAGAACUGGUUUCACUGCCUUUAUCAUGAACAGCCUUUCUAGAGUAUGCUGCACUUAUUCUAACUGUGACAUAUCUGUGUCUGAGGUUAGGUUCACCCUGAGAAUGAAGACUGGACAUGCUUUGAACAAUCUGCAUCUCUUGACAUCAAGUCAUUCUUUGGCUUCGAAAACACAGUGGAGAAAAUUGCAAUGAAACAGUACACAGCCAACAUCAAGCGGGUGAGCUGUGAUUGGUUGAAUAAAUAGAAUAAAUGAAUUACUUUAGACAAAACUUGCUGUAAGAUACUGCCCAAGCAUAACUCCAAGCACUUUAUUGUCUUGACCUGCUCUGCCUGCAAGCCAGCAGAACUAGAGAAUGUUGUCAUCAAAAAGAAAGCAGGUUUAAAUCAGCCCACAAGUCAGGAGAGCAGAUUGGAUUGGACUCAAGCAGUUGGACCUUGCACAGCCCCAAGGUCACGACGUGUUUUGAUAAGUUGUGGUGCCCAAAUGAGACCUUACGUCCUUCCUAGGCUCUGCCUUUUCUGGGAUGGAUCUAUCAGGUUUAAGACACUAGCUCUUUGUGUUCUCCUAAAUGGGAAUGCAAAUAUUUUUAAAAGAAUUAACCAUCUUUCUAUUCCUGAUUUAUUUUGUUUAUUCCAGGGUAUCCUUUCUCAUAUUGUAACAUAUUAAAUAUAGAGAAUAUGAGAUAAUGUUUAUACAUCCAAAUGUGUUUGUGUGUUUGCUGUAUAGAUGUCUCCAAAUGAUAGAACACUUGGACUUGCCAGAUUAAUUUUGUUAAAGGGAACAUAGGCAAUACUGCAAGUGUGUGGGUUGUGGGUGUGUUGGCGUUGGCCUGAGAGGGUACGGCUGGAAUAAAGUUCACAGAUAAAACUGGAUUUGAACCUAGAUUCACACCUAGAACUCCAUCCACUAACUAGGCAAACAUUGCAUACAUUUUCUUUUGCAUGUAAAUAUCCUUCAUUGACAAAUCUAUAUAGGCCAUAUAGACUGAGAAUAUAACUCUAAUAAAUCAUUUAAUUUUCAGGGCAAAGAAGUGAUAGAGCAUUAUCUAAAGGAACUGAUUUCCCAGGGGAUCACUUUUAUCCCCCGAUGGACUCCUCCAGCAGUCAGAGGGAAAACAGCUAAGAGGCCUUCAUCAGGAUGUGAGUGUGGCACUGUACCAGCAGCAGCACCCCCACACGGAAGUGACAAAGAACAGCGAGGCAGCACCUGCUCCUCUGUGGAGGCAUCAACGCCCGAUGGUAUGUGCUUGUAAGCCAGUCAGCAGUUCCUUGCUAUCUCACUAGGAUGCUUUCAGCAUUUUUCAGCUUGAAACCUGCCACAGCUUACCCUCCUUUCUUUUUUCAUGCCUGACCAAUAGUUUGCAAUCCUGUCUCUAGAUAUCUUUAUAAUUAAAAAAAUUCCUUCCAGUAGCACCUUAGAGACCAACUAAGUUUGUUAUUGGUAUGAGCUUUCGUGUGCAUACCUGAAGAAGUUUGCAUGCACACAAAAGCUCAUACCAAUAACAUACUUAGUUGGUCUCUAAGGUGCUACGGGAAGGAUUUUUUAAAUUUUGUUUUGACUACGGCAGACCAACACGGCUACCUACCUGUAACUAGAUAUCUUUAUGUUCUGGAUAAUUUGGGAGAGCCUAAUUUUGACUAUGGCAUUCCUGCAGUCUGGCAGCUGCUUAUCCUAAGGCAUUUCAUCAGGUCUACUCUGGACUACUGAGUUCAGGAACAAAAACAUUAUAUGGAGCCAAUCCAGAAAAUCCUUUCCCUCCUUCACUCCCUCUUGUUCCCAUUUGCUCCCAUCACAGCUGCAAUCCCAGGAUAUUCUCCUCCUGUUACAGAGUCCUCUUUGCUAGUGGUUGGCUGUGCAUGCCUGUUGGUGCAUAUCUGCCUUACUACUCCAAAUGUUUCUACUUGUCUCUUGUUCCAGUACCUUGCACUAUUAUAUCCAGAGAGUGCCCACAUAGCAAAGGGUUUGUGUUUUGUCCUGCUGUAGUCCCUUUUGUGAGCACUGAUGGAAUAUCAUUUCCCCCCUUGUAAAAAUAGUGCCUAUAGCUGCUUUGUAAUAAAGGUACAUGCUAAGGGGUGAUAUUCCACUCCAGUUCAUCUAGGUAUUUUGCAUUUAUUGUUAUUUUGAUUUCUUUAAAAUUUUAUUUUAUUGCAACUAUAUUCCACCAUUUUUUGUAUAAGACAGAAGCUGUUUUGCUGUGUUGCUGUUGGAAGCAAUAAUAAUUGGAAGAAAUAUGUUACUGGUCUUAUUGACUUGCUUCCUUAUGGGCCUGUUUUCUUCCUGCUCCUCAGCUGACAAACUAGAUGCUGAUUACAUAGAAAGGUACCUAGGGCAAUUGACUCCCAUGCAGGAAAGCUGCCUGAUCAGACUCCGUCAGUGGUUGCAAGAAACACACAAAGGCAAGGUAAGCUGUCUGUUUGGUGAAAGUAAAUAUUAAGCCGACUUAGCAAUCAGGUGGUCUUAAUUACUUUAUUAUAGAACUAGUAUCCUUGUACCUACUGCAUAUUUUUAUAUUUAAGGGACCCUGCCUUUCCUCUAUUUUACACAUUGCUGAAAUUGUUCAAGGUUUUUGUUUAGACCAUUUCUAUAUCACUUAAUAUAUAUAAAUAUCUCUGAGCAGUGAACACUGAAAACAAUGAUAAAUGUUACAGAAACACACAAUUAAACCAUUAUGGGCAGACACCAAGGUUGAUGGAGCCCAAUCAAGCUGCCCACAGCUGUGUCUCAUUCAGCUACUCUCCACACACCCAGCACCCCGCUACAGCAGCUUAGGUUGGGUGAGUUUCCCAGGGGGUCUAAAUUGUGGCAAAUAUAAAAGCCCUCUACUCACAGUUCUUUCUAGGGUCUCCGCAUAUCUCUCCUCCAGCAGGUCUUUUGCAAGUUGUCAACCUGUGUUGGUGCUGACUGAUUUGGGUGAUUAAAAUGCAGCAAUCGCUAGACAGAACAGAAGAAGCAGAUAACUUGGGCCUAAACUUAGUUGUACAGUGGAACCUUGGGUUACAUACCGUCCUCCUUAUGAACGCUUCGGGUUAUGAGCUCUGCUAACCCAGAAGUAGGUGUUCUGGGUAGCAAACUUUGCCCCGGGAUGCGAGCGGAAGUCGCACACCAGCGGUGCGGCGGCAGCGGGAGGCCCCAUUAGCGAAAGCGGUUUCGGGUUAAGAAUGGACCUCCGGAAUGAAUUAAGUUCAUAAACGGAGGUACCCCUAUAUUCUAGAUUGUUAAUGAGGACAGUAGUUUGUUUGUUUGUGUUUUCAAAAUUUGACAUAUGAGUUGUUCUUAUUCUGCAGGAAUUCUUUAAAGGGUCAUGCCUUUGACAAUAGGAUGAGUCUUGCCUUCUUCUUUUUUUGCUCAGAUACCCAAAGAUGAACAUAUCCUCCGUUUUUUGAGGGCUCGUGACUUCAACAUUGACAAGGCUCGAGAGAUGCUGUGCCAGUCACUGACCUGGCGCAAGCAGUACCAAGUAGACUACAUCCUGCAAACAUGGAGACCACCUUCUCUUCUGGAAGAAUACUAUACUGGUGGUUGGCAUUACCAUGACAAAGGUGGGAAGCUCACUUUAAGCCAGGGUGCUGUGCUCUGGGACAUACUAUGUUAUGUGGGGUGACCGAGGCCACAUGUCACUCUGUCACCUAAGGACACCUCUGAGUACUUCUGCGCUUAAUUUCUGAAAGCGUGCAAGCAAGAACCAAGAAGUCUUAUUGUAACACAGGAAUGGUCAUAUGUAAUCAGUAAAGUUUAGUUGAAUCCAUUCUCUGUUCUUCCGUGUUGCAUCUCUAAACUUCUUACCUAUUGCUGGUCUAUGUUUACUUCCCUGCAUGCAUUUUCAGAGUUGAUAAAUUUCACAUUUCACAAGUUGGCAAAUGUAGCGAAGCAGCCUGAGAUGUCCUCUGUGUUCCAAAAAGAAAUUGGAUGGGAACAUACUUAGGCAAUCAUGCCUUUAAUUUUUUAAUAUUCCCAGUUAAGUACAGUAGGACACAAACAGUGCAAAAACAUAUUCAUUCAGCUGCUUUGUUUAUUUUUUGUCUUUAAAGAUGGAAGGCCACUUUACAUACUUCGCCUUGGUCAGAUGGACACCAAAGGUCUUGUGAAAGCACUGGGAGAGGAGUCACUCCUUCGUCAUGUAAGGAGAUGCUUCCUUUGUAUUAUCUAUGCAUGGUUUCUCUAGAAAAGCUUCAGGUUUCAGUAGGUCCAGUACUCAAGAAGGCAGUUUCUGCAUGUGCUUUAGAGGGAAGUGAGGGGCAGAUGGGGCUUAUCAAUCUGGGAACGUAGCCCAGGUUUGGAGAAGGAAAAGCCUGCUCUGUUUUCUUUUGGACCACAUCAGCGGAAUGCCUUGUUGUCUGGGCACUCCAGGAUUUUCAUACAAAGUGCCCAGGCUUGUGCCCUGGGAAGGUCCCUUUGGUUUGACAUCACCCCCAGGGGCACUCCAUUGUCUCUGAAGACAGACUGAUGCCAACAAUACACAAUGGGGAGAUUUUAUCAUUUAUAACCUGAAAUAUUACAACAGGGUCUUAAUUGGUCUUGCUAUGUUCUAAGUAAAAUUUUGUCAUAACUUGCAAAGCCUAAAAUUUAGAGAAGGUAUGAGGAUGUUCCUUAGUAACUGAAGUCAUUCAUUUGUUCUCCUUUCAGGUACUGUCAAUUAACGAGGAAGGACAAAGGAGGUGUGAGGAAAACACCAAUCUAUUUGGCCGCCCAAUCACGUUAGUAUCCACCCAGUUAUGCAAUGACCCCUUUCUUCUUUUGCUUCAUGUAAAUAAGAGAACAUUUUUUAAAAGCGUGUUGAUGCCUUGUCCUCAGAGCAGAAUUCUUUUCACAGCUAGUGCUAGGGAUGCAUUUUAAUCUGGAACCUGUCACUUCUAUGGUGCUGUGGUCUAAGCCACUGAGCCUCUUGGGCUUGCCAAUCGGAAGGUUGGCAGUUCGAAUCCCCGCAAUGGGGUGAGCUCCCGUUGCUCUGCCCCAGCUCCUGCCAACCUAGCAGUUCAAAAGCAUGCCAAUGCAAGUAGAUAAAUAGGUACUGCUGCAGCGGGAAGGUAAACGGCAUUUCUGUGCAUUCUGGCUUCCGUCACGGUGUCCCAUGGUGCUAGAAGUGGUUCAGUCCUGCUGGCCACAUGACCCGGACAAACACUGGCUCAACCGUCCAGAGGUCCUUUACCAUGUACGGUAGCUUUUUUCACACUUUACAAAUUUGUGGGAGUGCCAUUUACAGAUGCACUGUUCUGUGCAGCACUUGUGAAAACACCGUUAAGCCUCAUACAGGAAGAUUGUAUUCGUUGCUUCUGGUUUUGAAUGCCAAAUGUGUAGCUUGAGAAACAGCUUUGUGGAUUUCACCUCUUUCAGAUCUUGGACCUGUCUCGUUGACCUUGAAGGGCUGAACAUGCGCCACCUCUGGCGCCCUGGAGUAAAAGCGCUCCUUAGGAUUAUUGAAGUGGUUGAAGAAAACUACCCAGAGACCUUGGGAAGGCUUCUGAUUGUGCGAGCACCCAGAGUGUUCCCUGUUCUAUGGACUCUGGUGAGUGAUGGUGCUGGGGAGACGCUACCUACUCUUGGCUCUGGCCUUAACGAAAAGAUGUUACUAGUCUGUUGGGUCCCACCAGGGAAUGAAAAGGGAAACCUAUGAGUUCUGCUUUGACAGACAAGGAUAUGUCUUUUCUGGGUUCAGGUUCCUGUCCAGGUAGUAGCAACUUAUUUAAUGCAGAAUUUAUAUUUUGGUGCCAGAAUGAAGAUAACCGUAAGAUGUAAAACACCUUUACAGUGAGAGUUACUGUAUUACUGUAUUACAGGUAAUAAUGCCAUAUCUUGUUUGGGAUAGUCCUUGGGUUCAAAAAUGCAAGGUCUGCGCUGAUUAACUUUGGCACUGUUGAUUUGUUUAUGUAACUUUCUAGUCUUCCUCUAAAAUACCCAGUCCAUUUUUCUGGGGGCAUUCAAGGGUACACAGCACUGACAUCUUUUUUUCUAGAAGUAAAGCACUGGUUAAAAAUGUGUCACUUACUGUAACAACUUCAUGAUGAGUACCAGCCCCUUUAUUUCCUAGAAGAGAAACACUGAAUAUACCUCCUGGUGAUGCACAAAAAAACUGCCAGCACAUUUGCAAAACUAAUCAGGGACCAGCACAGUUUCAAAUUGGAUGAGGGACUGUGUGUUGAGAUUCCUGCAUUGCAGGGGGUUGGACUAGAUGACCCCCAGGAUCCUUUCCAACUAUACAGUUCUAUGAUUCUGUGGAGCACAUCUUCCUCCAGUAUCUUUACUUUUCCCUUUUAUUCAAUUAUAGGAGAAACUUUGACUGGUAAAGUGUUACAUGGUAUAACCCCAACAUUAAAGCCUGCCUCUUCACUCAUCUCAUUUUAUGGUUUCUAAGUUCAACAGAGAGUGCUUUUUUAACAUCUGUGCACUAGGUUUAGAUAUCAAGCAUUUACAGAGAGUUCUUCAAGUCCACCCUACCACAAGAAAAUAUUCCUCCAGUUGGAGACUUGCUAAAGACCAAGAGUGACUUGUUUGACUGGCUUGUGGGUUGAGUUUUUAAAAUGCUUUUUGGUGGGACUUGACCGUUCUUUUUUUAAUGUGUCCUGACUGAGAAGAAUAGCUUUUACAUUCUAUUUCAGGUGAGUCCCUUUAUCAAUGAGAACACUAGGCAGAAGUUCCUCAUUUACAGUGGCAACAAUUAUCAGGGACCUGGAGGGCUUGUGGAUUAUCUUGACAAAGAUGUGAUUCCAGACUUCCUUGGAGGAGAAUGUGUGGUAAGUUUGGAGAAAGUGUGUAGUAUAAAAUUCUUAGGUGAGGCUUAAUCUUGCUUAUCUUACAUUACAUCCUUAUAAAAUGUUUAGUUCUAUUAGUGUGCUGUGUGCAAUUGAGAUACAAGCUCCUGUUGGUGCUGAGGUCUGUAUGAACAUCAGGGCAUAACCUUUACUCUUAGUUUUGGAAAGAAGGCUAAAGAAGCUUUAAUAACUGUAUACAAAUAUGGCAUGGCAGUCUGCACUUGUGCUAUUAUUAGUACUUGCUGUACAGUAUUACUUGGGUUGUUACACAAUGCAGGAGGACAGUAUGUGGGCCUAUGGAUAAAGUCAAAAUAUUUCUGUUGGAAAGAUUACUUAUUUUAACAAAAAUGUUUUCAGUAGCCUGCAGAGACAUUACUGUCUCUGUGUCCUUCGUUUGCCAAAAGAAAAAUGCUGUCUAUAUCCUUGAUGUAAGAUCCAGUCAAUUGUCAAUGUUAUAAUUUGUAAUCUCUAUGCUGCCUCAGGGGGCACCCUGUUUAGAGCAGAAUUAGUGAUUUAUUUCUAGAAUUCAAGAUGCUUUGGUGAGUUAUUUUUUCCCCUUCAGGCUGUUGGCAAAAAAACUGCUUGGUUUGACUUAUGAAUCGUUUAUCAUAGUUCAGAUAACACUUCUACUUUUUAUGGCAAUUGGCAAAACUAUUGUAAAAAUUCAGACCGGAUGGUUUAUCAUAGUACAGAUUCAAUUAGAAAUGAGUGAGUGACCUCUUCAACAGAAGUGUUAUUAAAUGUUGUUGCAUUGUUUUGUUAAUUGCUUGGAGAUUAUUUAUUGAUUUGAUUUCUUGCCUGCCUUUCUCCCUAAGGUCACAGGGCAGGUUACAGCAAUUUAAAAUUCAAACUUAGACAAUUUAAAAAUAUGCUAUUUUUAAAUGCUAUGCUAUUUUAGGUACAUAUUUUUAAUAAACAAGCAGAAAAUUCACUGAGCAGCACAUUUAUUCACAGUGCAUUCUAGCUCAUCUAGCAUACACACUGUACCAAAUUAAAGAUCCAAACUCCCUGUUAUUCUUCAGAAUCUGCCUUUUUGCUCUUUAACCGUAAUCCCCAAAAUGAGCCUUGCAAAUUAAUAUUUGCAUACAUUCAUACAAACUGCAUAACUGCAUUGUCCCAUUUUCUGCUAUGUUCCGUCUUGAAGGAGCAGCAGACAGACUGCAGUGUCUGUCUUCCAUGAUUUUUUGCUGUCUGGCUUCUAGGCUGGACUAGGCUUCCUACUAUUUACAGUAGACCCUCUUACCUUCUUAGUUUGGCAAAGCCUUUUUAUCAGCCAGCCUUCUACUUCAUUGACAGCAAGAUUGAGGACAUGCGAGUCCGAAUAAUGGUCAUUCUCUAAAGUAUGUAUAUGUAUAUGUGGAUGAAUGAGUGAGAUAGAAAUAAUAAAAGUGCUUUCAGAAUUCAUCUGGUUGCUAUAUCUAUUCCUGUUUGCAUCUAGUUAAAAGGUGCUUUAGUGGGCAGGGUGGGGGAUGAGAUUGUUUCUGUUCUCUCACUUUACUUGCUAAAUAGUAGGAAGGUGAGGCUGUGCUGUAUGAAAUGGCAGGGGAUAUUCUGUCAGUUGGCAUUGUUUUAAAGUGUUGAUCUGCAUUUUGAAAUUCACUCCCCAUCUCUCCCCCAUCCCACAGUGUAAUGUGCCUGAAGGUGGCCUUGUUCCCAAAUCACUCUAUCAAACAGAUGAAGAGCCUGAAAUCUCUGAUCACAUCCGCCUCUGGACAGAAACCAUCUAUCACUCUGCAAAUAUAUUCAAAGGUGCUCCUCAUGAGGUAGGAUGAGGAAGUUAUUCUGGUCAAUAGAAGGGUUAAAAACAGUAGAACAAAAAGUAUGUGUAUAUGGUGAAUGCUCUGUGCUCUUCUAGAUUUGGCAGUUAGGUUUAGGUGGAAUUUUGGAGAUGCUGUAAAGGAAAGGAACAUUGCCUGGGGUCUAGAAGCAUUUCUUCAAAUUCCUGAUGUAUGUGCUCCAAAUACCUCAUUCUUGGCAGAAUUAAAACUCUACUCUUCCUACUCAUAGUUAUUCUGAGUCUCUGUAAGAAGUGCUCAGUCUGGUAUUGGUAGAAGCACUGGUGGAUGGUUGUCUCUUAAGAUCUCCCUGCUUUGGCAUAAGCCCUAUUACCCAACUAAUAUACAUUCUGAACUGGGGCACCCCAUGGAGGAACUGUUGUCCACAAAUACAGAGCUAGUGUGUGAGGCUUGGCAUCUUGUGCUUAGGUUCUGCACAGUCAGGAGAAAAUUGGAAUAAUUUUUAAAAUACAUUUAUUGAGUUUGCUAGUUCCUCCCAAAAAGGAGAAUCAUUUCUGUGUUGCUUAGAGCCAGAUGUUGCUGCACUAGUUAAUUGAUUUUUGGGCCAACGCCAGCACUGAAUUGAACAGGAUGGAUGCUGUCGUUUGUUAUCUAAUCUAGAUAGUUGUGGAAAUCUUGGAAGGUGAAUCGGUGAUCACCUGGGACUUCGACAUUCUGAAAGGAGAUGUCGUGUUCAGCCUCUUCCAUUCCAAGAGAGCACCUGAGAUUUGCCGCAAGGAGCCUACAGUGCCAAAUGCUUUGACUGCGGGGGAUAAUAUACAGCUAAUAGGCAAGAGCUGGGUCCUGGGGGUGGACUAUAGCCGUGUGGAGUCCCAGCUGGUGUGUCGUGAAGGCGAGAGCAUCCAGGUCAGUUGCAGUUCCGUGCCUAAGAUCUCAUGCUUGGCCUUUGUGGUUUGAUUGUCAUAAAUAUUUGGGAACUUCCCUUUUUCAUUUUUAAAAUUACAUUAAUAUAGGUACCCAUCAUUAAAUAUUCCCAGGGUGGCUUACAAACUCAACAGUUUUCGAAAUAAGGCCAUUUCAUUGUUCUGUGAAAUUCCAACAUGGGUGAGGAGCUUCUUGAUAUCAACUGCUAGUGAGCAUAUUUGAUCCACCAACUGUGAAAAAAAGCUUCCUGUGGCACUUAGUUCUGGGAUGUUACAUAUUUUAUAAUAUACAGUGGUGCCUCGCAAGACGAAAAGAAUCCGUUCCGCGAGUCUCUUCGUCUUGCGGGUUUUUUCGUCUUGCGAAGCAAGCCCAUUAGCGGUUUAGCGGAUUAGCGCUACAGUAUUAGCGGCUUAGCGGGCUUAGCGGAUCAGCUGAUAAGCGGCUUAGCGAUCAGCUGAUAAGCGGCUUAACGAUCAGCUGAUAAGCGGCUUAACGAUCAGCUGAUAAGCGGCUUAGCGAUCAGCUGUUAAGCGGCUUAGCCGAUCAGCUGAUAAGUGGUUUAGCGGCUUGGGGAAAAGGGGGGGGAAAGGAAAAAAACCCCGCAGGAACUCGCAAGACAUUUUCGUCUUGCGAAGCAAGCACAUAGGAAAUUCGUUUUGCGAAGCACCUCCAAAACGGAAAACCCUUUCGUCUAGCGGGUUUUCCGUCUUGCGAGGCAUUCGUCUUGCGGGGCACCACUGUAUUAAAUGUGCAGUGAAGUGCCCCCUCUCACUGCAUUUUAUUUUUGUUGCUGCUGUUUACCUUUUAUAGAUGGAAAACUGAACCAGAGAGAGUAGUGAAUUGCCAAAAGCCUUCUAACACGUUAAUGGCUGUACAUGAAUCCAGGCUUCUCAUAGUAAAGCCCAGUAUACUUUAUCCAGUAGAAUACCCUGGUUAUUACUGUUGACUAAACAUGGGGGGAAAGCCUAUCACACAGAAUUAAGUUCUAUGUCUCAGAGGAAUGGGUUUCAAAAUUUCUUCCUUUUAAGAUCUUUCCAUAUCAAUAUCUGCCAAGGAAUCCCUGCAAAUCUGCUAUGGAAUCCUGGCAUGUUGUACUGGAACUUGUUUAUGUCACAUGCUCAAUUCAUGAAGGGCCCUGGCCAAGCUUCACCAUUGCCCCGUAUGAACUGAAGGUGAAUUCCUGUGCACACCCAAUAUUCUUCUUUGACUGCACACUGUAGGGAAAGAUUGGUAUUGGCCCAGCAAGCUUCUCAACCAUUACUAAGCUUGUCAUUGAGGAGCCCCUGAUAAACUUGCAAGGAACCUCAGAUUAGGUGCAUUUGGAUCACACUUUGCAAAUCCCUGUUUCAGCUAAAAAGACCCAGUUAGUUGGAAAGUGUUAACGACUCUAUCUGUUGACUUCCCCUGGCCUGCAUGCAUCCGUUUUACUUCAAUUUUUGGCCUUUGUUUCAAGAUGCCCAGAUGGCUUUGAAACAAAGCCAAACAAACAUAAAUCCUUUAUGUUUACCUGAUUGGUUUUCUCACUAUCUAUCACUUUUCAGGGUUCUCAUGUGACUCGUUGGCCUGGCUUUUAUAUCCUCCAGUGGAAAAUGCACAGCCCAACUCCCUGUGCUGGGACCAGCCUCUCUCGGGUUGAUGAUGUCUUGGCUACACUCCAGGUCUCCAACCACAAGUGCAAGAUCAUGUAUUACUAUGAGGUGCUUGCAUCCAAGGAAUUCAGGUAGGAGGGAUGCAGGAGGAGCCAUUACAUGACUUGUUAUAUGUGGGGAUGAUGGGCAUCAGUCAGUGCUUGGUAUGGUUCUUGAAAGGUAUCAGCAGGUGUUCUAAUAACUGCCUUGCUGCUUUCUUUGAUCUACUUCUUUGUCCUUUAAUUCAAUAUAAUGUUUUGCUCAUUUAAUAAGAUAAUAAGCUUGCAACACACCUGUAGUUCACAAGUGCCAAUAAUGUGAAUGCAUUCCCAAUUUUUAAAAUCCUGCUUUGGAGCAUCACCAUGUGAACUCAGUUCUCCAGGACAACAGAGCUCUGCCAUCAGUCUCUUUCCACUGUUGGUAUGUGUCUUCCAGGUGAUCCAGUUAAGCAUAUCUGGAUAGCUGUGAGCAUGGAAAAUGGUGAUGAUAUUAAUCUUGCUACCAGUUUCUGCUUUCGUAGGAUUUAUCAGGAUUGCCACUUAAAAUGUUUUCUUUCAAGGUGGAAUUAGAUUUUUGGCAGCAAACGAGAGAUUACCAAUCCUGUUGGGGUUUUCAUUGAAGAAGUGAAGGUGAAUUGGUUGUUGACCCUUCCCCAACCCACUAACUUUCAUCUUUCUUUCUUUCUAUUCCAGGGGGUCCAUGACAAGUCUGGAAUCCUGCAACAGUGGAUUUUCACAGCUCAGUGGAGCAACAACAUCUUCCAACCAAUCGCAGAGCAGCUCUCUGAUUUCUAGAUAACAUCAUCUAGGAACUUGCUGAACACUGAUCAAUGAACUGCUCAGCUGAGAUGCUUUCCUCAGGUCUGCUCCAUAGAACGAGCCAAAGAGUCCUGUGGCGGAAUGCUAGUGCCUAGGGAUGGCCUUCUAGGGGAACACAAGUAACAGCAGUUUGGACACAAAGAUGUUUCUAGGGAGAGGCUUGAAAUCCUUGCUUUUUCGGGAAUAGACUUGCAGUUUCUAAACCUUGAAGACUGAUUUUCCUGGACCGUGUAUUAACAAAUCUGUGCAUUAGACUGCAUAUCACUUUUGCAUGAAUUUUACGUGAUUCCUAUGGUUUAAAGGGCUCUUUCCAGUCAACUUAACUCUACGUAAAUGUAGAGCUACUGUAUCUGGUGUUGCCUUACCUAUUAGGACCUGUAGAGCUGUCUCUUAUGUGUAGCAAAAACUAGUCUAGUUUCACCGGGGCAUCAGCCAGUGCCAUUUGUGUUUUAACAAGAUGCAUAAGGUGCCUCGGUAGCAGGGAUUACAUGCAAACUGCUAAUAUGUACAUAAAUAGAUGGGGGUGGGUGGGAGGAAACAAGGUUUCCAGGUUACUUCAAGUAGGAGACAUAUCUGAGGUUAGAUACCUAGAUUUAGCUAGCUUAACAUGCUUUGGCAUCCCUGAGAGACCCCAAAAAUGUACAUAAGUUUCUCCUGCAGUGCACAGAAACGCCUUCUUUCUUAAAGGAGUAAGCGCUGAUACUCCCCCCCACCCCCAUUUUUUCUCAGGUCUAUGAGCAAUAAAUGAGUAGAUCUCUGCCCCAUCCCUCUCUCAGGGUAGGAAGUGAAUUCCAUUACAAAGGGCUAAGCAAAGCAAUAUUUAAUUUCUACAGGCACAAAACAACUCCACAGUGUUGACUAAGCUCUUAUUUUUGAAAGCAGGCACAAAUUCAAGUUGGGGUGGGCACUUUAAGUGUGUGUGUGUGUGUGUGUGUGUGCGCAUGCGUGUGUGCGUGCAUGAAUAUAUAAAAAUUCCUCUUUAUUCAAACAAGAUUAAGACUUAAAUUAAUAACUUAUUUGUAUCAUUUUAUAGGUACAACUCAAGUAUGUAUUAUGAAAUAUGCCCCUCCCUUUUGGUGUGUUGAUCUUUUGGGGCCAGAAGGAGGAAUUCUGAUCAUAUUCAGCUUUGUAAGGCUGUUUCACUGAAACAUGGUUUCAUAACUGGAUAUUUUUGGAGCACAGGACUGCAUUAUGCAGAAUUACCUGCACAGGUCUCCAUUUAAUCUUUUGAGUUUGAUAAGGUUGUGGCCUACAUUGUAACUGGAAAACUGCUCUGGUAAUACGGCCCUGAAUAAUUAAGGACCUUGAUUUUGUAAAAUUUAUAUGCCCUGGAACGAUAAUACCUGGGACUGCACAAACUUCACUGUGGGGUGGGCAUGGUUUAUUGAUAAUAAGAUUGUUGUGAAGUUACAUACAAAGGGAAGAAAAGGAGAGGUGAAUGUUGAGAUACUUCUGAGUAUGCAUGAAACACAAGUUCUCCUUGGCAAGGUUUAUUUUUACUUCCUGUAAUUAGGGGAUAAGUAAGAAGACAAAUCAGCUGAGAUUCCAGCUGCCUUCGCUUGCCUGUGUGUUUGUUCAAAGGUGCACUGCAGUGCUGGGGAGAGAAAAGGGAAGCAAGCAGGACCAGUCACUACAGCAAAGUGCGUCAGUGUUGCUGUUUCUCUGUGCAGAGGGACUGCAGGGAAUUAGCUGCCCAAGCUUGCCUUAGAAGCCUAAUUCCAAGCAAUCCUUUUGAGGAAAUACUGUAAUGUGUAAGUAACACUUUCGGUUGCUUUAUCUUAGUGCAAGGCAGAAUGUUGCAUGCAAUCUCCUGAGAGGAGAUUUAAUGAAAAGCAGCUUGGGGCAGGGAACAGGUAGAUAGGGGGCAAUUUUGAGCUGAAAAACCAGAGAGUGGAGAGGAAGAGUUAUCAGUAACUGCAUGCAUAAACAUUAGUGUUCUUCCGGUUCCUGUCAUAGACUUCUGAGGCUGCUUUUUCUUAAUAUUUUGGGUGUAACAUCUACUUUAAUCCUUAAAGCAAAUUCCAACUUUGCUGGAAUAAUACCCAGUCUAAGAUGGUUCCAGUUCUCUUUUUAAAGGAAAAUUAUGGCUGCUUUCUCUCUCUUGGACUGUAUUGGGAAUGGCAUGUCUCAAAAACGUUGCAUGGGUUGUAGAGGAAGAAAUACCAGGUACUUUAGGUUUCCCAUGAAAAUGAAGAGGGUCUCCAGUUCCACUUUUAAGUAUUCUUACAGUGAAGCAGGUUGUGAUCUGCCUCAGCUAAGGUCUCAGCAGACUACUUAAUCUGUAGGUUACUGUCAGAUUCUGCUUCAUUUUAAAGACCUAUUUCGUGUCAUAAAUGAUGACGGCAGCUUUAUAAAUGCAUAUAUUCUCUAAAGCUUAAUUUUUGUUUUCCUUCCCAGAUGUUGAGGAGUCUCGAGUCUAGACUCAGGAGGAUGUUUCUCCUGCAACCUAGUAGGGUUAGGGCCUGCUUAAUCAGCACCUCUGUUCUGCAAGAGUGAAUCUAAUAUGAAUGACAGGGACAGGAAGGAUGGUAGAGGGCUAUGCAGACAUGCUGUUGGUUAUGAAUGAAGCUUUUGUGCAGAGACUUAAUAAGGAGAUGAAGAUUGGAGAUGCCCUGUCAUGACCAAUAUAAUUGAACUGAUCCUUCCCAUAUUGAUGGGAAAAACAAUUUUCUCGACCAUUUGUCAGUGAAGGAAGAAGAGUCCUUGUCCCUUCCCAUUCUCCUCCAACCCAGUUUUAACUGUGACAACCUGAAUUUCCUAUUAAUUGACAAACAGCCUAGUUCUUGAUUGAGUCAACCUCUGAAGAGGGUGGCAGCUUUGGUAUGUGAACAAGCCUGCUCUAUCUUACUGACUUCCUAUGGCAGCCAGACCUUUGCUUCUACCUAUAAUUUUCCCGCCUUGCCUAUAGUCUUCCAUCUCAUUGUAGAUCCCAGUACAUAUUGACCUGUAACAGCUGGAAACAACAGAGGUAUAUAUAUAUGUGUCGUUUGCCCAAAUGGGCCCUAGGGCAUAGUUUGGACACAAAGGAUGUAGCAGCCUUGCAGAAGUCAGUGUCUGGAUGGGAGACUGUUGAAAACUCCAUGCAUCCUGCCUUGAGUUCCAUCAUGGAAGAAAGAUGGGAUAUAAAUGUAAGUAAAAAUGUAUGAUCCCAUGUACAAUAAGUAUUUUAAGACUAUAACCUUUAAUUAUUAUUAGCAUGGAAAGAACAUCCAUUAUUAGUUGGCUAAGGCACACCCCAAAUUGCUGGUGCACAAGUGUGGGAAGCUUUGCCAGUCCUCAUUAUUCCAUGUGCCCAGUCUUGUUAGUGCCUUGAGCACCACGAUGGCUAUGUUCUACUUCCACUGCUGCAGGCAGCAUACCCCUGAAUACCAGUUGCUGGAAACCACAGGAGAGGGGAAAGUGCUGUUGCAGUCAGAUCCUGCUUGCGGACUUCCUGUUAGGGCAUCUGGUUGACCACUGGGAGAACAGUAUGCUGGACUAGAUUUACCACUGGCCCCAUCCAGCAAGUUCAUUUGUUCUUAUAGUGUCUCACAUUGAUUAUGUCUGAUGGAAACUUGGGCCUAAUAUGGGGGCUUAGAGGUUCCUUAAAUGUAUUUUGAAACUAGCUUGGUUCUUCUAGAGACUGUAACUUCGCAAUGAAAAGAUAUUUUGGGCUCUCUGCCCCCCCUCCCUUUUCUUAAAUGCUUAAAGCAGUCUGAGUUGGCUAAAUAAUCAUUCAAAGUUUCAUCAACAAGUCUUUUCUAAUUAUAGAAAGCAGGACUUGCUCUUUAGGAAGGUUGAUUUUCAUUCAGCUGCUUUUAUAACUAUAAUUUAGAAUCUACCCCAAGCUACUAUCAGUUUAUUCCCCUUAUAGCAACAUGAAAAAGGCGAGAUGUUCUUGCUGUGUUCAGUUAUUCCUGCUCCCACCAUAGUCAGGUGAACAGCACUUGGAUUCUGGGCCAGGGUGCACUCAAGUACAAUAUUGCUGCUACUAUAUAUUUAGAAUUUAAUAAUGUUCACAAGUGUGUUAGGCAUUUUACAGAACAUAGGAGGUGGGGUGCGGGGAGCAACUACACAAAAGCCACACAGGUCAGAUAUAGAUUUCUCUCAAAAGAUAGCCAUCCUUGACAUCAUCAUUUUAUUUGUAUGCCACCUUUCCAUAGUUAAAACAGUGCUCAAGAUGGCUUACAACAUGACAAGAUUUCCAUAAUUACCAACAUAACAAAAGUCAUAAGCAAUAAAUAAAACACAUCAAAAAGUACACAACGAAAUGGAAAACAGCUUCCACAUAAAUCAUAAAAUCUAAAACUCAGAAUACAGCAUUAAUAUCAAUAACAAUUUAAAAUGACAUAGAUUAAAAAAUAAAAGCAAUAAAAAAAACCAAAAAAAACCCCCCGGAGCACUCUCUGCCUAGCAGCAGCAGUCCUUUAUGGAGCCUGUCAGGCCUCGCCCCAAGCCAGGUGGAGAGAAGCAGCGCAGGGCCCUUCAGGCUCCCAGCAGGUCAGUUCUCAAAGGAGGCUUCAUUGCAGAGUAUGAAAUUUCUGAUUCAGAACCUUAUCAAGAAAGUUGAAGACCAAGAACAAAGAUGCAGCCACCUCCUUUUUCUGUAGCUCUUCAUUUUUGGGGUUUUUCAAGUUCCUCAACUUUCUUUUUAAGUACAGUGGUAGCUCUGGAUGCGAAUGGGAUCCGUUCCGGAGCCCCGUUCACGUCCUGAGCAGAAUGCAACCCGUGUCUGCGGGUCGCGAUUCGCCACUCCAGCGCAUGCGCGAGCGACAAAACCCAGAAGUACUAUGUUCCGUUACUUCCGGGUCACUGCGGAGCGCAACCCAAAAACACUCAACCUGAGGCAACUUUAACCCGAGGUAUGAUUGUACCAAUAUUUUUCCACGACUUGCAGCUCUCUUUUGCUUGGAUAUUCCUUCUUGGAUUUCAUCUCCUGAUAAUUGCUUUUUGAGUUCCUCUAAUUGUGUUGUUGAGGAUAUUACUUUGGCUUUGUUUUGCAGCUUUAAUUUGGAAAUCUUGGUUUCAGGUGCUUCUUUUUCUUUCUUUAAUUCUUUUGCUUUAAGGCAUAACUCAUUAUCCUUUUCCCUGACAAGUUCUUUGAGUCCUGCUACCAGCUGUUCAUUUUGUACCAGCUUUUCUGUCAAAUUGGUCACUGAUAUGCUUGCUGCUUGAAAUGGGCCAAGCGCUCCAGAUUUAGUAGCUGAAACAUCACCGCUGCCCCAUUUCAGCAUAGUUUUAAAAUAGAUGAGGGAAGGAAGAGAGUCGAGCAGGGAGCGAUGCGCUCACAGCCCCCUCAGCGAGACCUGAACGGCAGGGGUCUAAGGGGCGCAGACUGGCCGUAUCGCUGGCUCCUCCUCCUCCGCCUUGGCCUGCUUCAGGUGGCCCAUAAGGCAGCCAGGAGAGUCAUCCUGACAGGCUGCUGGCUGGACAGGGUAGUUUUCGCCCUUGUGUGUGCCGUGACACUUCCCUUGUAAUAGGUAUUAUUUCUGCCAACUCAGAGCAUGGUACUGAAGAGCUUUACCAGGUCAAUUGACUUAUAAGCAGUGUGUCAGUCUGCCAGAGACCGUUUAGCUAGACUAAGCCAUUGCAUUUGCAAGUGAUCUGAGGAAAUCUCCUUGCUGGGUCUGAGUGAAUUUGCCUUGCAACCAUACUCUUCUGUUAUUGGGAUUAAUAGAAGGUUAAGGAGCUAUUCUAACCACAUGACAGAAGCACAUUUCUGAGCUGUGGGUGGAGCUUAAGAUGCUAUCAUGAACAGGUGUAAGAAAUUGCAAGAUGAAAGAUGAAAUUUUUUUUUUUAAUAAUUCCAUUGGCACCUUUAAGAUCAACUAAAUGUAAGCUCUGGUAUAUAUAUACAUACUUCUGCUUCAGAGUACCUGACGAAGUGUGUAUUACACACGAAAGCUCAUACCUUGAAAGCUUAUAUUUGUUAUUUAUUAUGACUAUGACAGAUCAACAUGGCUAUCCACAUGAACACGUGUGUUUGUGAACAGAAGGCAAGGUAGGAUAAACCUUUAAAAAGCAGCUGUUCUUACUCUCAGUACUAGAAUUUGAGUUCAUCCCUCAAAGUUGAUUUGUGGGAGGUUCAGGGCAGAUAAGCAAAAAUACUUCUCCAUACAGUUAACUCAUAGAAUACAGUGCCAUAUUAAUGUGGUGAUGGUCACUGCUUAGAUGUCUUUAAAAAGGAGCUUAGAUGCAUUCACGGAAAGUACAUCAAUGACUUCAGCAGCUGUUAGUGCUAUAUGAAGAAAGGUAGGUAAAUUGAAAUAACGAUAACCUCCAGAUUCAGAGGUGGUGUGCUAUUAUUGCCUUCAAAGCCUUGCAGGUCUGUGAGGUAUUUGGUUGGCCACUGUAGGAAGAAGGAAGAGAUGGACCUUUGGUCUGACCCAGAAGGGCUCUGAUGUUUUUCUUAUUAACCUUAGAACAGGGCUACGUACUUAUCAAAAACCUGAACUCUGCCAGAGGAAACUUACGUUAUCCAUCCUGGGUAAAUUUACAGAAACCUAAAUUAACUUUUUUUGCCCUUCCGUGUUGGCAAAAGGCUGGAAGCUAAUGGGAGGAGAUAUGAAAGGGAAAAAGGUAUGAGGGACAUGGAAUCAUAGAAAGGGAUUGUGUAGAUAACCUUUUUUGACCAGAAGUUCUGAUCAGAUUCCCCUUCCAUACCUUACCUUUUAGAAGAUGCUGCACCUGCAUUUUCACUCUUUAGUCUGCAGAUAUGAAGACUAGGACCUUUAGGUUUUUGUAAAAUGCCAGCUAAGAUUGAGACUCUAGAUGCCAUGGUGGGCAGCACAUUCAAGUUCACAUGGAACAAAGCCUUCAUUUUAAGAUCACCAGCCACUGUUGAAUCUGGUUAUUCAGCGUUUGGCUUCUUUCAUUGUUUUGAGGCAUGAGUGUUGUACUUUGUCAAGGUGAUGGGACGGAGGGAAGUGUGUUGGUAAAAAAGGAUAGAGUGCUCUUGUUUCAACUUGGUUCCUUUUUACAUUUUGCAACUCAAAACCAUCGCAAUGGCACAAGGAUUGCAUCAUUUGACUCCUGAUUUCCUGCAGAUUUGGCAGUUUGGUUUGUACAGGUGUGUGAGAGACCAGACCAUCCUAAUGCCCUGAUUAGUAGCUAGUUCUUGAGCCAUUUUUAAGAAAGGAUGGAGGGUCCCAAAUGGUUUUGCCAGCAAAGGAACACUUCAUAGACAUCACCUCAAUUCCCAUGUACAUAUAUACCCUUUGCUUCCUCCAGGAGCCUGAUGGUAACUCUUGCUGAGGGAGGGGGUUUAGUCUCUGGGCCACCAGGUGCUGAUCCCUAUUUUAAUAUGUGAAGAUACUCAAGGCUCAUCUACACUUCUGCUUGUCCUAUGCCUAAAAAGCACAGGUCCAAGCAGUUCCCCCCUGUUCCUUUCCCAGGGAAAACCAGCUCUUUAGUGCUAAAUUGGAGCAAACAUCAACCUGGAGAAAACCCAGAUUGAGCGCUAAAGAGCAGUUUACCCCGGAGGAAAGUAUUAGGACAAGAGGAAGUGUAGAUAUGCCCUCAGUACGUUGAACUGAAGUGCCAUACACCCAGCUGCUGUCUUUGAUGCUGUUUAACUAGACUCCUCCUCUUUCCACUUUAUAAUAAUAAUAAUUUAUUAUUUAUUGUGCUAGUUAUUUAAACCACUAUACUGUGACCUUUUCAAUGCAAAAAUAAUUAAUAUUAAUAAUGUAGAUAGUAAACCAUUUUGCACAGCCUAUGGCAAAGGCUAUAUUAAGGGCAUUUUACAGAGAUUUUGCAAAUAGUACCUUAUUAGAUUUACAGGAGCUGCUAAAAUUCCCCCUCCUGCAAAGGAUGGCUAUCAGUAUCGACAGGGGCUGAACUGGUUCCAGUGUGAUGACUAAUCAUUUUUUGCGGCACUUAAAAAGCCUGAGUUGCUGAAAUAGACAUUCUGAAUGCACGGACGGCAAAGCUAAUGUAGUGGUCACUGUUAUUUUAUAGUGAAGAUUCAUUCCUAUCUGCGAAAAAAAAAGAGAUUUUCAGAUCACUAUAUGCAUGUUGGUGAUCAGCAAAUGUGAUACGAAAGCUAUGUUGUGGCAGUGUCUCUGUCAGAAGCUGGGUAUUACUAAUACAUUUCUGUCCUCUGUUUCGCUGUAACUGAAAACGAGAAAAAUAAAGUAAACUGGAGAUGAGUUGGCUUUGGCUUAAAGCAUUGGGGAAAGUGUGACAUCUCCAUAUGCAGUUUUGUGGUCAAGAGAUCAGGACUGCCUCAUGGGUUUGUGCAUUCGCUCUUCUCUCCCACACACACUCCUGCCCCACCCCAGUUUCAAAGUCAGGUGCAAAAUAAUGGUGCCAAUUACCUAUUUUACCCAGGAAGCCAUACAGCAUAAAUACCAGGGACUGCCAACCUGGCCCUAUGUGUGACAGUGUGCCCACCAGUACCUCCUAUGGUAUCUGGAAAAGAUCUUGGUAAAUAUUCCUGCCCUGUUCUAUGUUCUUGUCUCUUUAUUCUGCUCUUUUAAAUGUGGCAAAUCUUUUGUGUUAUGCCACAAACCUGGUGCCUAUGGAACUUUCUCAAAUUUCUGAAUAUCCUUACUGGUAGCCCCUGAUAUAUACACAGCUAUAUAUUGCAGUCUGAGUUACUCUACAGUAAGGAUUUCAAAAUGCAAGCUUAAAAGUUGCCAGUACAGCUGUGCAAAGACCGGCAACCAAUUAAUACACAGGUUUGUCCUGCCAAUUCUACUUGCUGGUGUUGAACUCUAGGGAGGGAGAAACCCUUUCCAAUCGACUGCAAAUAACCACCAGGAGAUUCCAAUCUAUCUUCUGCCCAUCCGUCCUGCAGUGUUGCAGUCUGCACUGAGGUCAACACUCCUUAUGGCUAGCUUUAACAAAGCUGAGUUCGAUAUUGGGGAUUUGAGGCUGGUUUGUAAAAUCUGUUUAAAGGUAACCAUGGUUAAUAUUUCCCUCUGCAGAUGGCAUGCUAAAUCAUGAAAACUGAAAAGCGGGGAACGCACAAGCUUGCAGCCUGAUGUUCAUCUUUUAAUCAUGGUUCAAGAAAUCAGAAAACAUUACAUACAUCUCUCUGCACUGCACCAACAAAAUAAAUCUAGCAUCUCUUGACAGCAGCCUCAGCCUUUUAGACUGUUCCUCAGCCGUUCAGUUGGGCUUAUAUUUAGUUUUUAACUUUAACCCAUGGACCUUGGUUUUUGUAGGACCCCCUAUGCACUGACUGACCCUACAACACACAAUUUGGGUCAGAGAUUCUUUUCUCCUAAAAUACAGGUUUAUGGACACCCUGACUUCUCAGCCUCCCUUCUCUUGGCAGAAACCUGGCAUGACGACUUAUUUCAAACUUCAUGGAAAAAUGAUUUUUAAAUAUGAAGACUUAACUGACACCAAAUCAAUAAUCUUGGGGAAUCUUGUAUCCAAAGUACUGUAGUGUUAAAUAACUCAUUCCAUCAGUGCAAAGACUUGUGCACCCUCGCACUCUGUGUGCUCCCUAAAUCUAUGAUGGGUUUUCCCCCAACCUUCUGGAACAAAUUUGGGGAGGAUAUGAGGCACACAGGGGGAGCAGAGGAAGGAUGUUCCAUUGCACAGGCAGAAAUUGCACUGACUGGACACAUUAGUUGGAUACUUCCCUAAAUCAUGCCAAUUUCUUUUUUCCAUAGUCACAUUAAUAUUUCUUUGUUUCUUAUGAUGCCUACAUACUUCCCAGGAUAAUUUCUUCAUCUUUACUUGUGUUUGUAAAGGUGUAAAGUGUAGAAACUUGGGUGGGUUCACAUUUCAGUGGGAAUCAGCCUAACUCAUACUUCCCAGAAUGAUUAAGCAAACUAAAAAUCAGCUUAUCUUUGAAAUUUGCAACGCAGUUCUCAUACCAAAAGAUCAUGCAUGUUAGAGGAAAUUGUG